ACAAAGCCUACAGUACAAAGGUAAACUUUGCACCUCUCAUAAUAUAGAACUUAUGGACAGACAAAUGAAGCUGCAUGUUGCAAGAUUCAGGACAGAUGAAAGAAAAUAUUUCCUCACACAGCUUAUAGUUGAACUAUGGACCUCUCUCCCAUGGGAGGCAGUGAUGGCGCACCAACCUAGAUGGCUUUAAAAGAGUAUUAUACAAAUUCAUGAAGGAAAAGGGCUAUUCUUUGCCCACACAGUCAGAGGCAGAUACACUUCUGAAUGCCAGUUGCUAGAAGGUGGAGGGGAGAGCCCUCUUGUACUCAAGUCCACAAAGUUCCCAGGAUAACAAUAAAACACACAGCGAUGAAGUAUUUUGUUUUAUGGGUUCAAAUAGGCCACAACUUUAUUGGUUACAGAUGUGAGCAGUUUGGCGUGGGCAUUGGGGUGAAGCUGGCAAUAUCUUGACUCCUGCCUGUCUGCAAGGAGUCCACUUAAGAGUAAACCCCCCGAUAGGGGGUGCCCUGUGACUUACAUCAAAUAAGGGCACCCCAAGCGGUCCCCGUAGGAGUUUGACGCACAGUGUAAAUUAAUAAUGCAGAGUUUUAAAGAAUAAAAGCUUUACUGAAUUAAAAUAAACUUCUUCAUAAACAACAUGGUUCCAAACAGUUUGACUGAGAUUACAUACUCUGUUCAUAGCUGAAUCAGACAGACUCUGAAAUCUUACAGAGAACACAAAAGAGAAACUGGCUACUAAGUCACAUGUCAGAAUGACUCAACAGUUAGCAGUUAGGCCUGAAUAACUUUAGUAGGCCCAAAUGACUGUGCAGUCCCAGCACUUCCCAGCCUGCUUUGCUGUUUCUGCUCUCAUGUGUCUUUGUCACAUGACAGAGUUGUGACAUGGCCCUAGACCACACCCAGGCUUUGGACAGAAUUCACAGCCCGGAUCCCUUUAAUAGGAUACCCGUACUGAGGAGGGGCAGAUGAAGGCAACAACCUCCCCUCCAACCAAACAAAGGUUUACCCAAUGCCUAACCUCACAAAAGUUGUGACGAUUGUUACUAGGUAGGCAAAAACCCAAUGGCCGGUGCCAAUUUGCCAAGUAUAAAAAAAUCCUACCCGGCCCCAACAAAAUGGUGACCGACAAUUGUCCAUAGCAAGGUCAUAUCUGAGCAAAGCAUGAAAAGAGGGUGGGUGGGGCGAUCUGGUAAUCUGGUUCUUAAGUUCUUAUCAGAGUCUGCACCACCUCAUUGAAAUGAGUUGGGCUGUUUUAACCGAAGAGACAUCUGCCACGUAAGGCAAAGCUUGCAGCUGAGACCAGAAUGGCUGCUCCUAUAUGAAGCUCAGUUGCUGAAGCAACAUUAGAGUUUUGCCCUCUAUACAGGCAGCCUGACCACUUGCCUUGCAUGAGGUCAGUGACUGCAUCAUAAAAGGAUGCUCCUUAAAUCCUGACGCAGCCAAAAGGUGAGUUGGCAGUGUUUUGUGCCAGUGGGAGCUUCUGCGCUGUGUUAUAAAAGGAAGCCCCAGCCAGAAUACAUUCAAUAACCAAUGGCUGCUUGAGGGGGUAUUUAGCAAAGCACAUCCUGAUGCAUGCCCUCAUUUGACAAUGGGUUUUGAUAUGCUUCCUUGUAAUAAUUCUACAUGGUGCCACAGGGUGGUGUUAAUUUAGGACAUUGUGGGGAAUGUAAAUGGAUGAGCACUUAGAGCUCAUUGGAGGAAAGGCCAGGUAUAAGCAUAUAAUUCAGUAAGCAAGGGCCAUUAUCAGAGUUCAAAGACACAUUCCAACCAGGCAAAAGUACUCAGGAUACAAAGCAGAACCCAAGAGGUGUGUGGCCUGGGUAGAGCUCCAAAGACCAGAUGGAGAAGCUUGGAGGGCCACAUUUGGCCCCCCAGGCCUGUGGUUCACCACCAUUGAUCUUAGAAAAAGGUCAUGGCUCAGUAGUAAGUGUUAUUAAUAUCAUGGGGUUAUAUCCAGUGGCGAAGGAACCCUUUCCGGCACCAGGGGUGGCGCAGCCUGUAUGGACUGCGCAUGUGCUCUCUAUACAGAAUGCAGCACAUGCGCAGUCAGUAUGGGCUGAUGCUCAUGCGCGGUGGCCGCAUGGGCUGCUGCGUCCACAGCGACCGUACAGACGGCGCAAGAACAGCGCCCAUACAGACUGUGCACACCCUCAGCCGCUCUACAGCUGGGGGGAGGCAGGGGCCAUCUUGUCACCCCUCCCAGAGUGGCAUCUGGGGCGACCCACCCCUUACGCCCCUGGUUGUAUCCAAUGAAGUUCUAAUCAAAAUAGACCCAUUGAAAUGAAUGGACUCCAGUUAGUCAUGUCCAUUAUCAUGGCUAACAUGUUACUGCUUUGAGUAGAAUUAGCAUUAGAUGUAACUCUUGAUGUCUACCAACAGGAACUAUGUAAAAAGUUGUGGCAGUGAGGCAAAAUGGUGGCUGUGGGAUUUGGAGAUAGGGUGCACACUUGUGCUCAUGUGCUGCUUUGUGGGCUCCCAAUUGGGGCAUCUGGUUGUCCACAGUGGAGAUAAGAGGUUGGACUAGAUGGGCCAUGGACCUGAUCCAGCAGGCUCUUCUUGUGCCCUUUCUGGUGCUAGCAUUGGUUCAGUCAAAAAGCAUAGCUAGGGGGUAGACCCUGCAAGUGAGGAGGCACUGGGCAGGCUGCAGCACCAAAGCCAACCUGAGAGAAGUUGGCUGGUGGGUUCCAGACCUCUCUUUGAGAAAUGCUCUUCUGCAGCCUUCACAGGUGCAAAAUGCUUGCACUAAAAUGUGAUUGAUUUUUUUUCUCCUGGGCAAUUUCAGCACAAGGACGGAAUGGGUAAUUAGCAUUUUGCCAAUGUUGCACACAGCCUGGUCCCUUAAUGGACUUGGAGUAUGAUUAUUAUUGUUAUCUUAAUUGACCGCCUCCUCAACUGCCUGAGACUGACCUAAAUGCCUGCUAAUGCAAUCCAAUUUAGUUCCUCUUAAUCAACCUUUUCUGGCAAACUGCAGUAAAAAGCAACAGUUACUAUGGAGGCAUGCAGCUGGUGUGCUGCCCCCCAGCGGCGAAAGAGGGGCAAUGCUGUGAUUCUCUAAGCUAAAAUGCCCAGCUAUGGGUUUGUACAGUGCUCAUUGGGAAUCUCUCUGAUAGUCUGGAAACUGAGACUUACCGGUACCUGCUCACAAACAGUCCUAGUGGAAUCCCAUCCAAAAUGUAUAUAGCAAGGAGGGAGUUGAAUAAGGGUUUAACUCCAGUUCCCACCAGCCCAAGCCAGCAUAGUCAAUUAUGGAAGUUGAAGCCCAAUAUCUGGAGGGCUAGAGGAUUAGAUGCCCCAGAUGUAAACUCUCAGUUGCUGCUUGCAAGCUCCCAGUCUAGUUACCUUAUGGACAGCACCCCUCCUGCUGGACAGCUCCCCAGCCUUGCUUGGAAGGCUGAAAUGGUGUGGCAAGCAUGAGGUUUAGUGUCACCUUCCAGCUCCCAUCAGUCAAGGGACCAGGGCUUGGGUCAUGUGCCCAAACCAUGGGUUGUAUUCAGUGUCACUCCUUCUCAGAGUAGACUCGUUGAUAUGAAUGGAUAUAACGAAGUUAAAUGCAUUUAAUUUCAGUGGGCUUAUUCUGGUCGAACUUAGCUGGAGACAACUAUCUGUUUCUUGCUCCAUGGUUAACCAGCAUACCAAAUCAGUGGGAUUGAUUGGAGAAUUGAAGGUUUUUAUCCUCCUUCAUUGGAGGUUUGUAGACAGAGGUUGGAUGGCCAUCUGUCAGAGAUUAUUCAACUGUGAUUCCUGCAUUGCAAGCGGUGGACAAGAGGACACUUGUGGUUCCUUCUGACUCUACAGUUCUAUGGUUCUGUGACUGGUACCUUGUGUUUUUGCUAUUUUACUUUGUUGUGUUUCACUUAUUGAACUUUGAAGCUACAUUACUUUUGAAUCAGGAAGUGUUUUUAUUUGUUAAUGAGGUGCCUUUCUUGCGAACUACUUUGAACUCAGUUGGUGGGGGAAGCAGCAUACAAAAAUAAAAUAAAAUCUUCCAGAAUGGUGUUUGACAGGACUGUAAGCAUAGUUAGUGACCCAAGGCCACCUAUGAGCUUUGCAGUUUAUCAGGCAAUAUUUGUGGAUAUAGAAAAGUUCUUCUCCCUCUCUUCAUAACAUGAGAACUCGUGGACACCUAAAGGCUCUAAAUAUCGGAAGACUCAGUAGAGACAAAAGAAAGUACUUCUUCACAAAGCGAAUUGUUAAACUAUGGAAUUUGCUCGCACAAGAGCCAGUGAUGGCCACCAAUUUGGGUAGCUGUAAAGGGGGAUCAGAACACUGAUGGAGGAUAAAGCUAUCAGUAACUACCAACCCUGAAGGCUUUGUUCUACCUCCAUUGCUGAAAAGAGUAUGUCCCUGAAUACCAGAUUCUGGAAGUGGACGGAGGAGAAAGUGGAAGCUGGACUAGAUGGGUCACUGGCCAGAUCCAGACGAUCUCUUUAUAUGUUCAACCCACAGCUGCCUACACUUGUAUUUUAAUUUCUGCACUGCCUUUUUGCUAAAUGAUCCCCCUAAUGUUUCUCACAAAGGUUAACAAAUAAACAAGUUUAAAUCAAUAAAAUACAGGCAAAAUAAUCACAACAACAGAACCUAAUACCCAAAUUGGGGACAGGCAAAUCUAUCGAUUUCAGUUUCUCCUUUUGCCCUGUCUGAAGUUUAGAUCUCCACAUUUCUGAAUCACUUUUAUUAGGUUUAGUCCUCUUAAAAACCCAUCAGCAUUUUUGCUCAAUGUUAACAUUAUUGCAAAGCAAUUUUCCCUUCGAUGGUGCAUUUUUUAUGUUACUUUCACCAAUGUGUGAGUUUAUAUGGACACUUCUGACCCCAUUACAUACAUUUCUAUGCACAUAAUAAUAAUAAUAACUUGACAGGAGAACCACACUUCAAAAUCCAGAGAAGUGUGGCUUUCAAAAGAUAGUAGUGUUGUGGUUCGUAUAAGUGCAAAUUAGGGAGGUUUGCCUUUCAACGCAAUCUGAAUCAAAUUUCUCCCCCUUCUCUAACACACAUACAGUCAGCCACUCACCUACCUAAAUGCUAGAACCACGAUUCCAUAAAAAUGCCUGGGAGAAACCACCUCCCAUGCAGUAGCUUUUCCUUAUAAAGACCCCAGGCUAGGGGUGGAUAGAGCAGAACAGAUAGGAAAGCUUGACCUUUGGUGGUCCAUCAUGGUCUCCCCACUGCAGCCAUUUUUUUACUCUCCUUAGGGGUGUAGCUCUAGGCAUUCUGGGCAUUGCAGGAGGUUGGGCAAGAUGACCCUUUGGGUCUUUCCAAUUCUACAAUUCUAUGUUUCUAUGAGCCCUUGCACUUCAAAAUAAACCCUUGCUUCACUUUCUGGAUACAAGUCUACAUGAGAGCCAGUGUGGUGUAGUGGUUAGGAGCGGUAGACUCGUAAUCUGGUGAACCGGGUUCACGUCCCCACUCCUCCAUAUGCAGAUGCUGGGUGAGCUUGGGCUAGUCACACUUCUCUGACGUCUCUCAGCCUCACUCACCUCACUUGGGUGUCUGUUGUGGGGGAGGAAGGGAAAGGAGAAUGUUAGCCACUUUGAGACUCCUUAGGGUAGUGAUAAAGCAGGAUAUCAAAUCCAAACUCUUCUUCUUCUUCUACAUCUGAAGUCCUACAUGCCAGGGAUUCUAAUGGGUGAUGGAACAGCCAUUUUGUUGUAAACCCUGCUGAUCUUCAGCAGCUCAUAAUCAGAAGCUACCUUAUACCAAGUCAGACAAGUGGCCCAUCAAACUCACUGGCCAGCAGUGGUGCUAUCUGGAAUGAUGGGGAUUGAGCCUGGGACUCAUGCAAAGCAGCUACGCUACAGUUCUUCCCUGAAGACAUAGGAAGCUUUCUUAUGUUGAUCCAGAUCAUUGGUCCAUGUAGCUCAGUAUUCUCUACUGACAGCAGCUCCCCAGGGUUUCAGACAAGGAGUCCCUCCCAGACCAACCUGUAGAUGCUGGGGAUUGAACCUGGGACUCUUUGCAUGCAAAGCAGAUGCUCUGACACUGUGCUAGUCUAUGGGGGGGAUUUUCAUAUGGAAGCAUUUGAGGAAUAGAUGGUUAGUUUAGUGUUUAGGUUGGUCAGGAAACAUCCAUGUACCGCUUUCCUGUAAGAAAUGCAAGGGAAGUCAAGAGAGUGCCAGGGAAAUGUUGCCUAAUUUAAAUAACGCUUUGGUUCUUUUUGUACUGAAUAAAUAAACAAACCUGCUGAGGAAUUGUGCUAACAAUGCAAAUGGCCACACCCACUACAUCUGAUUGGGUGGCCUGUGGUGGGAAGCAGUCAGCUUUUUAUUCCAUCUCUUUGCAGUGGACUUUCAUUCUCUGGACAUCCCAGGGCACCUGUGAGCAGACGUGGAAGAACACCACAAGCCCGAUGUAGCCUGCAUGCAUGCUUUUGACACCCAAUGGGCAAAUCUGCAAAAUAAAUACACUUCCUACCAGAGGACAUUAGGAGCAAACCGAUAUCCCAGUUAUGUUGCUUGUUCCUGAAAAGAAAAGGAAAGCAGGUAAGAAUGCUCCACAUUUUAAAUAUGUUUGUGCUUGCAUGAAUCCUUGCGCAUGGACAGCUGUCCACCUAGAAUUUGGAAAGCUAAGAAGAGAGCUUUGAAAAAUCAUGCAGUCUCCUCCUGAAUGUCAGUUGCUGGGAAUCACAAGUGGGGAUUUUGAUUGCGGUUUCGCCCAUGUUCUGCUUCAGAACUUCCCACAGGGGCAUCUGAUUAGCCACUGUGAAGACGUGAUGCUCAAGUAGAUGAAGGGUUUUUUUCCCAAUGGGCUGCAUCCAGUUAAGUCCUGCUGAGAGUAACCCCACUGAAAUAAGUGGACAUAAAUUAGUCAUGCCCAUUAAUUUCAAUGGGUGUACUCUGAGAAGGACUAGGACUGCAUACAACACGUUCAGCAGGAUUCCACUAAGUUUUUGCCUGUGUAGAAGGAGGGCUUCUUCUGAAACUAAACUCUCCACCCCUCCCCUCUUCCUGCACCCCUCUAAAUCUGCUCUGGAGUGUUGGAGCAAAAUCCAGAAUAGCCUUAGGAGGCCAUGGAGAGGAGGGAGAGUGGGAGUAAGUCCCAUUGCACAAGUGGUCCUCAAUUCCCUGCACAUCUAUCCACUUAGUGCCAUGUUAAAUUCUGCACUGUGUUCUUAAAAACCUUUUGAGAUUUCUUUCUUUCUUUCUUUCUUUCUUUCUUUCUUUCUUUCUUUCUUUCUUUCUUUCUGCUUCAUUGGGGAAUUUUACCUUUGAGGAUUGCAUAUCCCUAUCUGAUAUACAGGUUGGGAGCCUUGAGUGUGACUUCUUAUGCAUCACACACAAGAGGGAGAUAUCUACAGGCUUAGAGAAAAACCAAAGUCUGCAGAAGUAAAUAUACAGAUCUAUCUAUCUGAGGGGGGAAACCUAAAAAGACAGGACCCCAAAAAAUCACUCAAUUGAAACUGAACACACUAUUAAGGCACUGUGGGUUAAACCACAGAGCCUAGGACUUGCCAGUCAGAAGGUCGGCGAUUCAAAUCCCCAUGAAGGGGUGAGCUCCUGUUGCUCGGUCCCUGCUCCUGCCAACCUAGAAGUUCGAAAGCACAUCAAAGUGCAAGUAGAUAAAUAGGUGCCACUCUGGCAGGAAGGUAAACGGUGUUUCUGUGCACUGCUCUGGUUCACCAGAAGCGGCUUAGUCAUGCUGGCCACAUGACCCGGAAGCUGUAUGCCAGCUCCCUUGGCCAAUAAAGCGAGAUGAGCACUGCAACCCCAGAGUCAGCCACAACUGGACCUAAUGGUCAGGGGUCCCUUUACCUUUACCUAUUAAGACACAGAAGGCUGGCUGACUGUUUUUGUGGGUGAAGAGGACAGAAAACGAGAGUGACAGGGUACAGAAUGGAGUGACCUAUGGAAAGGCCAUGACUGACUGGAAGCCUGAACUGGAGCACUCCAGGCCCCACUUACAAGGAAGGAUGAAACUGUCAGUGUGUCGUGAACUGGCAGGGCAAUGGAUAGGAGGAAGAGGAUCCUAGUGAGGGGUGUAGCUGGGACUGGGACACACCAGGGCAAGCUGGGAAAGGGGAAGGAGAGGUUGGUGUAGGAAGUACUUAUGGGGUGGUGGAGGAUGGCAAGAGAAUGGGGAUCAGUGCAUAGGAACCAGAGCAGCAGGACCCACCACCAGAGCCAAAGGGGCACCUGUCUCCAUACAGCAGUCUCUGAGGAGUGGGGAGCAGUGGGAGGGGUGCUCCAGUAGGCUGAGGCGGGCAAGGGCCCACAGCCCAGCUCCGUAGCUGGCCAGGUGGGGCUCGCUAGCUCUGGUAGUAUGUGGUUCCUCAGAUUGAGUGUCCUGGGAGCAGGUGAGGGUCGCAUGCCUCAUCAAGCCCAGAUGCUGCAAUCAGCAUACAAAGUAUAAAAGGGCACAGAGCUGAGGUGCUGUGUCUGCUCAACUGCCCAUGUUGAUGUGCCUCAACUUGGAUGCAAGGCUUUGCUUCACUUUGGACACUUGGAUUGACCCUGGACUGGGGACUUGACAAAUGGACUUGCCGCCAGGUAGGCCAGGGGUUCAGGGAACAAUGUUGGCUUGUCCCUCGGCUUCUGACAAAGUUGAAGGACACAUUCUAACCAGGCAAAUUAACUCAAGGAGGGUAUGCAGUAGUAGGGCUAGUGAGGGAUAUGAGCCUGUGGAGAGUUCAAAGAGCUGAAUAGUGAGGCCUAGCAAACUGCAUUUUGCCCUCAGGCUUCAGGCUCCUCAUGCCUGCCAGUUGAGGAGCCCAUUCCAUUUGUUCACAAAGGUGUUUAUCCAUUCCUCUGCAUUUCUAGGGAACCCAUUUCCAACCAACAGCAAAUUUGCUCCCCUGAUACCCUUGAGUCUUCAUCUGCAAACCAUUUUUCCAUUUCCAAGUGUUCCUCCAAAUGAAAUAUCUGUGGCAGUAAACUGCAUUUGCUCCCAAGUCAUGUGGACUCCCCAUUAAUCUGAGGCAGAAAAGUUCCCACCAGAAAAUUGGUGAGAAUGUGACGUCCUGGACAUCUUCUGAGUCUGAGGGCAUCACAUGAAGCCUGGAGAGGGACGGAACUUGCUUUAUAGCUGACGCUUAUCUUGGUCCGUUUGAAAGGCAGACUGGCCUUAGGCCCCUGUUCCUGAAGGCUGUAGUGAAAACCGUCACAUUGAUCCGGGGACAUUUGGUGCUGUGGUUAGCAUUUGUCUGAUGAUCAGGGUGGAGAGAAGAAAAUGUCUUUAAGAGAACCUGAGGCAGUUUUCCUCUUUCAUGUUGGCCAGAUGUCAAGAAGACCAUGUGCAGGAGUGGGGAAGGACGGUGAGCAUCUCAACACCACAGACUUGAACUGGCUUGAAGGAACUUUUCCUUCUCCUCAGAGAUCUCUGAAGACUGUAGGUCUGGGGGGACAUAAGACGCUUCCGGCCAGAGGCCCAUCUACUCCAGCAACAUAUGUUCACCAUAACCAAUGAGGUGCCCAUUAUUGGAAACCCUCAACCAGUUGCCUAUUAUGCUUCUCUCACAUGAUUCCCAGCAACUGAGAUUCAAAGCCAUACCAUAUGACAGUGGAGGGAGACAUAGGUGUUGUGGCUAGUAACCACUGACAGCCUACAUGAGCGCAGAGGCAGGAUACUAGGGAAUACUUGUGGGAGAUAGACAGGCCUAGUCUCAGCUGGCACCGCUGCCCUGAGGUCCCUUUUCUGCUGCUUCACUGGGUGCCCUUGUGAGCAAAUACUCUGGGAGCCUCCUGACACCCAUAAGAGCAGGAGUCACCAGUGUACUUGCCAGUAGUAAUAAUAAUAGUAAUAAUAAUUUAUUAUUUAUACCCCGCCCCUCUGGCUGGGCUUCCCCAGCCACUCUGGGCAGCUUCCAACAACGUAUUGAAAUACACUAAUGCAUCAAAAAUUAAAAGCUUCCCUAAACUGCUCAGCAGCAGUUUCCCUCACUGCUGGUGAGCAGUGAGGGAACCGCCAGAAGGCCCUCGGUGCUGGACCUCAGUGUUCGGGUAGAAUGAUGGUGAAGUGAAGGCCCAAGACAGGUGUUGAUCAUAAUGUGAGCUGCGCACAGGUGGGCUGUAGCGAGCGAGCUACCACCAUUCCUGUGGAGCCUCCUUUUAUUGAGACAAACAUGCAAGCUAGGCAAAUACAUUUUUGGGCUGUGACCUUUACACAUCUUCCGUCCCGAAAUCGUGGGGUGGUACAGAGCUAUUUUGGCACCUGUUCCACAGCGUCAUUUUCCCCUUGCACAGUGUAUGACGUAGGAGACAAAAGGUCUCAGGGGAAAACUUACAGACAGGACACCGCUGACUCUGAGACCGCAAAAGGUCAGACAUGGGUGGAACGAUGUACCAGACAGCUGUGGCUUGUCUGGGGGGGGGGGUUCCCUGCACCCCAAGGUCAUGCAUGCAGGCAGAUUGUGGCUGCCUGCUGGUGGGGAAGUGUGCUCCCUCUGGACCCCACUCCCCACUCCGCGAUAUCCCUACAGAUGGGGGUGGAGACACUCCUUCAGAUGUACUGGACUGAGGCCAUUUACUUCCUACGAAACCGACAAAAGGUAAAUAUUCCCUCAUAAAGUCACUCUAAUUCAGGAACAGGAACCUUUUGUUUCACCCCAAGGGCCACAUAUUACCUAAGAGGAGGAGUUUGGACUUGAUAUCCCGCCUUUCACUCGCCUUAAGGAGUCUCAAAGUGGCUAACAAUCUCUUUUCCCUUCCUUCCCCAAUUGAUGUUGAAACACAUGCAAAACUGGCCUUGGGGCAACUGGUUGACCACUCUGAGCACAGGAUGCUAGAUUAGAUGAACUAGUGGUCUGAUCCAGCCAGGAUGUUCUUAUGUUCUUUAUGUAUUUAAUGAGGAGGAGGAGGAGGGGUUUGGAUUUGAUAUCCCACUUUAUCACUACGCUAAGGAGUCUCAAAGCAGCUAACAAUCUCCUUUCCCUUCCUCUCCCACAACAAACACUCUGUGAGGUGAGUGAGGCUGAGAGACUUCAGAGAAGUGUGACUAGCCCAAGGUCACCCAGCAGCUGCAUGUGAAGGAACAGGGAAGCAAACCUGGUUCACCAGAUUACGAGUCCACUGCUCUUAACCACUACACCAUGCUGGCUAGAGAAAACUUAGAGAAAACUUCCUGCAGCCAUAUACCAGUUGUGGGUGGGGCAAAGGUGGGCAAAGCAAGGAAUGUAAAUUUUACCUCUCGUACAGUACGCUAGAGGGAUGCGGGUGGCGCUGUGGUCUAAACCACUGAGCCUAAGGCUUGCCGAUCAGAAGGUCAGCGGUUUGACACACACCCCCCAAGACGGGGUGAGUCCCCGUUGCUCGGUCCCAGCUCCUGCCAACCUAGCAGUUCAAAAGCACAUCAAAGUGCAAGUAGAUAAAUAGGUACUGCUCCGGCGGGAAGGGAAACGGCUUUUCCAUGCACUGCUCUGGUUUUGCCAGAAGUGGCUUAGUCAUGCUGGCCACAUGACCCGGAAAAACUGUCUGCGGACAAACGUCAGCUCCCUCAGCCAGUAAAGCGAGAUGAGCACCGCAACCCCAGAGUCGUUCGCAGCUGGACUUAACUGUCAGGGGUCCUUUACCUUUACCUUUUACAGUAUGCUAAUACACACACUCCCACACCCAUCUCUAUCCUUCAUGAAGAUUAGAGUUCAGGGACACAUCCCAGCCAGCCAAGGAGGGUGUGAAUCGGGGCCAGUGAGGGGCAUGGCCUGCAGAGAGUCCCAGGGGCCAGACAGAAAGGCCUAGUGCAGGGGCGGAGGAAGGGGGUGUAGUGGGUGUGGGCCACCCCAGGUGUCAAUGCUGAGGGGGGUGACAAAAUGCUGUGCAGCACUCACCGCGGGGCCUGCAGCGCGCUUGAGCCACACGUCUCUCCUGGGAGAAACGUGGUAGCUUGGGUGCACGCAGGCUCUGCGCUGCCCAAACGGUCUGCCUGUUGCCUCCCCCCAGCUGUAGGGCAGCUGAGUGGGAGGAGGCAGGCAGACUCAGGAGGCCCCGCGGUGCACCCCACCCCUAUUGGCGGCUCGCCCCGCCCCUGGGCAUGCCGCCCAAGCGGCUUCCUCCACCACUGGCCUCAUGGCCACCAGGUGUGAGGUUCCCCCAUCCCUGCCCUUAUCCUCCAUUCCAAAUGCCAUUGCAGCCAGUUCCUCAUUGCUACCCACACAAGUCCUGAGCAUCCCUCCUAGAAUGGCGAUCCAAGAGAGGAGGAAUAAACAUGGCUAGUAAUUUCGGCACUUGAAAGGGAAGGGAAGAUAGUGGUGGUUUGUGUGUGGUGGUGGUGUUUUUCAAUCCAAGGAGCAUUUGCUGCUGCUCUCUCCUUUUGCAGCUGACAAGACCAAGGCAAAUGAUGUUCCUCCGCUUGCUAGCUUGCUCCCCAGCCCCCAGGUCUCUGUAGCAUUGUAGCACACUCCUGCCAUCAGCUCUCUGAUUGACAGAGCAGUCUGAUCACCUGGAGAGGAGCAAAAGUGCAUCCAUUAGCUCACGAGAGAGGGCUAGGUAGAAUCUUAUCUUCUGCUGCUGGCUGUUUAUGAGCUGUGUGGUUGCAAAAAGGCAAGCCUCCUCCUCCCUUCUCUUCUCACUCUCCUCCUCCUCCUCCAGCUCAUUUGCUGGAAGAAAGCAGCAGCAGGGCUGAGCUGAGAAGUUUUUGGCAUGGACUUGAGAAGGCAGAGGGACUUAAGCUCACCAGCUCCAGCACCCCAGGAGCCAGACUGCUCAUCCAUAGCCUGGACAGGUUUCCAAGCUGCUCUGUUUUCUGCUAGGGAGAAACCAAGCACAGGCAUGUUUCUGGGACUUGGUUUGGAAUCACAGCAUUUUAGCCAAAGUUGAUGGGACUAUCUGAGGUUGUGGUUUUUUCCUCCCUCCUCCUUGUGGUGAGAAGAUCCCAAGAAGUGUCAGCGGAGAAGUGGGGGUGUCUUUGAGUCCACCCCUUUUGGUGGGGUCAAGGAGGUUCUCCUUCCAAAGUACCAAAGAGGUCUCUGUUUGGAUGUAAGCAAGAUCACCAAGACAUCCCUGCUGAUCAAAGCUCGUUCUGCAGGAACUGGAGAUGGAGAAUGAGGUUGGGAAAUCUGUGGAUAAGCAAAUGGAUAAAUACAUGUAAUUAUUCUGGUCUUUUUUUAAAAGCUCACUUUCUUUCUCUGUUUUCUGCUUUUGCACCAUUGCCCUCUCCAUUCUCCCAUCUUCUCUUCUUCUGGUGUGUGUGCAUAUCCCUUUAGAAAGUCAGAGGGACAUGUGAUUAAUCAUUUUGCGCCCUUCUUCCACAGAGUGACCAUAAUGGGGAAAUCAGAAAGCCAAAUGGAUAUUGUGGAGAAAACGACCAGAUCUGGACAGAGGUCCUGGAGCUUGGUUGCUCUCAGCUUGUCUGUCCUCCUAGUCCUCAUGAGCUGUGCUGUGGUUUCCUUAGUAAUCCUCUACUUGAAAAGCAGAGGUAAGAGAACAACUGUUACUUAUGUGGUUUCCUUCUCUCCUUAACUGCAUAUUUGGGUAAAUUGUAUACAGUGCUAAAAAAAACUAUAUAGGAAAGAAUUUGUUACCAUUGCUUUGGGAGGGGAUUGGGGGGAUAAUUUGUGAGAUCUCUUCUCCUACUGUGUGUGUGUGUGUGUGUGUGUGUGUGUGUGUGUGUGUGUAAACAUGAAUAAGCUCACCACAAUCCCAUCUGCAGUUUUCAAGGUAAAUCUCAACUUGACAAGAAUGAAAAUCAAGAAAGGAGUCCCCGUAUAAUCACGGGCAUUCUCCAGCAUACCUUACAAGGGGUGAAUAGUAAUCCCAGAUCCCAGGCAAAAAAGAUAGCUGCCAUUACCCAGCAUAAUAUAGCAGAUUAAUUGUUGAGUUUCAACACAGAACACCAAUAUUUAAAUACUCGCUGCUCCACAGAGUCUACUAAGUGGGAAGCUCUGGGAUUUGAGCAAAUGAGAAUAUACUCACACACACACACACACACAGAGAGAGAGAGAGAGAGAGAGAGAGAGAGAGAGAGAGAGAAUUUAUGUGGAGAGAGAAAAUUUAAGAGAGAGAAAAGCUGUAUAAGUGAAAUAGAGGGGGGAAAUUGAAAUAUCCUCCUCAGUUAACAAUAUUGAAAAGCUUGGUUGAGUUAACAAGAGCCCAGAUUCUCAACAUUCAGCUGGUAGACAUAAGAAUGUGUGUUUGCAUCUGUCUCCUUGAGACAGUGUGCAGUGGAGAAAACGACUCCUUGUGCAGUGUGGAUUUUAGGCAGAAUGAGGAGAGGGGCUUAUUUAGAUGUAGACAAUUUGGGAUCUGCUACGCUUAUCACGCUAGAACAGGAGAUGCAGUAAGCUUCUAAGAACGGAAUAAUUUUGUACCUUCUGCAGAAGCCCAAAUGCAGUCUGUUGCUAGAAGAGUGAGUUUUAAAAGAACUCCCACACAGAACUGGGAAGGAGGGGGAGAGCGACAUGCUGUAUUUAUUCUGCCUUUAAAAGCCUUUUCUUUAUUAAAAAAAAAAAAAAGGUUCUGAUGGCAGCACUGAUUUCCUCCUCCUUGCCACUGAAGUGUUGCCUGAAUAUUUUGUCCCUGGGUUCAUAAAAAUAUACAUGUUGUUGUGGAGGACAGAGUGGAUACAGAGAAGCUUUCCCACCUCCAUUCGUAGAACUAGAAAUCAAUCGUUCAGCAGAACCAGCUCCCAGUAGAUUUAGGGAAGAGGAAAGGAUUGUAUUUCAUUGAUAUCUCAUUUUUAGCCUAAGAAUCUUUAGAAGUAGUCUCUAAGAAGCCCAUGGGGGACACAUUCUCUUCUGGGCAGCAUUCAGGGGAGGUACAUGCCAAUGGUAGGCAGGGCAAGAGGCAAAAGUAAGCAGAGAAAUGAAUGCCUUUGUAUGGUAGGUGAGUUUCUGAACACACACAAACAGCCUUAUCCCCCAACCAGGCAAACAAGGGGCAUUAUCAGAGUUGUGUUGUUGUUUUUUAAAAAAAACUGUUUUUAUUAAUAUUUCCAUGGGUAAUAAUAAUAAUAAUAAUAAUUUAAUAUUAAUACCCCACCCAUCUGUCUGGGUUUCCCCAGCCACCCUGGGCAGCCUCCAACAAAAGAUUAAAAAUACAUUAAAACAUCAGUCAUUAAAAACUUCCCUAAACAGGGCUGCCUUCAGAUGUCUUCUAAACAUCAGAUAGUUGUGUAUUUCUUUGACAUUGGAUGGGAGGGCGUUCCACAGGGCGGGCGCCACUACCAAGAAGGUACAUAUAACGUCUCUGUUUUCAGUUCAUAGAUUCUUUUCUGCAUGUCAGUUACAUUCAAUGUGAGACAUUGCUGCCAUGUGCAUUCUGAGGUUGGGGGGGGAAAGAAGUAGGUCCAAGGAAAUAUUCCAGCCAGAUCGAAACACUCAGGAAGGGUGCAAAGAAGAGCUGGUCAUAGGGUGUAAGAAAAGCCCUGCUGGAAUCAGGCAGGAGGCUCAUUUGCUCCAGCACCCUGUUCUCACAGUGGCCAACCAGACAGUGAUGUAGCAUGGGUUGCCGGUGCCCAGGGCAGAGCCAGUGUUGCACACACACACACACACACACACCCCAGGUCUGGGCAACUGGGGUGGAGGUGUGCACCCCAGCCCCAAAGGUUAAGCUUGGGUGCAGCUUGCCUCCCCAUGACUGCGGAAGCCAGCAGGAGCUCACCCAUAUGGCCUCGGUGAGGGAACCUGUUGUGGGGGUGCCUGGUUUGCCUCUCUCAGAAUUUUGGAACCCAGGGCCACUGUUAGAAUUCCUGCUCCGUGAUUGCAGCCAUGGGAUUGUUGUCUAUCACAUGACAGUGUAUGUUUUGACUCCACAGAGUGGGAAGAGAGGAUGUUUGUGUUACUGUGUUCCGUGAUGUGGGACUAUUUCCCUUUGUUCUUUCUCUUUGCUGUCUGACGAUAGAGAAAGAGAGGGAGCCAUGUUGCAGUUCUCCGUGUGUGUUUAUGUGUAAAUAAAGUAGAUUAGCCAAAAUGCUGAGUUGCUGAGAUCUGUUAAGCAAGCUGCGAAGACUCUGCGGAUCCCUAAGUGUGCCGAUGUCUGUUGGCAUCAGUCGCUGUGAUGUUCGGACUGAAGAAAGCUUUUGAAGCUCCCAAACGAUCGGCCAGGAGGGAAAGAACAUGCCAGUUCGGCAUCUGUCUCUGCCAGGGUCCUACUCGAGUGUAGUUCAAGCUCCUGACAGCCACUACCCCUCCACCCCCCAUGCUAUGCCACUGCAACCAGAUGCCUGCAAGCAGGACCUGAGUACAACAAUCCUCUGUCCAGUGAUUCCCAGCAAUGGUUAUUCAGAGAAAUAUGGCCUAUGACAGUGGAGGCAGAGCACAGCCACCAUGGGCUUUCUUUCCAGGAAUUUGUCCAAUCCUCUUUUAUAGCCACUGGAGCCAACUUUAGGGGGCUAUGGGCAGUGGUGGAGGAAGCCGCUCAGUCGCCUGGGGCGGGGUGCCCAGGGGUGGGGUGAGCCGCCCAUAGGGGCUGGGCACACUUUGGACCUCCGGAGUCUGCCUGCCUCCUCCCACUCAGCCACCCUACAGCUGGGGGGAGGCAGCAGGCAGACUGUUUGGGCAGUGUGGAGCCUGCCUGUGCCCAAGCCACCACGCCUCUCCCAGGAGGCCCCGCAGUGAGUGCCGCCAGGCAUUUUGUCACCCCCCCUCAGUGGUGGCACCUGGGUCGGCCCGCACCCACCGCACCUCUCUUCCUCCACCCCGGGCUAUGGGUGCUUUGGCAUCCACAAUAAUGUAUUUGUGGGCUGGGCCCCCAGAAAGUCAACGGGCAAAGUUGAAGCCCUUCAUUGCAGGUGCCCACAAUCUUCAGCGCAAGAUAGCACCGAUUUACAGCCUUCCAAGUAGGUGGCCAUUGCCGCCUCUUAUGUCAAAUAAAUCUUGGCUUUGUCCCUGUCUUAGAAAGGUAUUCGGGGUGACAGGAGGGUUAGGUCGGGAUAAAUCACUGUGAAAUAGCUCUGAGAAGGGGUGCUCUUUUGACAGAUUCAGUAAAAAUAGUAGGCUCCCCCCACACACACACAUAUAGACACACUCACAGAAGAAGAGCCCUGCUGGGUCAGGCAAAUGACCUAUCUAGCCCAGCAUCCUGUUCUCAGAGUGCCCAAUCACAUGCCCAUGGGAAACCUGCAAGCAGGAUUCAUGCACAGAAGCCCUCUCCUCUUCUGUGGCUCCAGAAACUGGUAUAGUGGUACCUCAGGGUAAGUACUUAAUUUGUUCCGGAGGUCUGUUCUUAACCGGAAACUAUUCUUAACCUGAAGUACCACUUUAGCUAAUGGGGCCUCCUGCUGCUGCUGCACCGCCAGAGCCCCAUUUCAUCCUGAAGCAAAGUUCUUAACCUGAAGCACUAUUUCUGGGUUAGCGGAGUUUGUAACCUGAAGCGUAUGUAACCUGAGGUACCACUGUAUUUGGAAGCAUGGCCCUCCAAGUGUGGAGGCAGAGCAUAGCCAUCCUGGCUAAUAGCUAUUGAUAGCCCUCUCCUCCACGAAUUUGUCUAAUCUUCUUGUAAAGCCAUCCAAGUCAGUGGCCAUCCCCGCCUCCUGGGGGGAAGUGAGUUCCAUACUUUAAUUGUGUAAAGAAGUGCUUUCUUUUAAUCUGUCCCGAAUCCUCAAACAUUCAGCUUCCUUGGAUGUCCAUGAGUUCUAGUGUCAUGAGGGAGGGAGAAAACCAUUCCUCUAUCCGCUUUCUCCAUGCCAGGCAUCAUUUUAUAAACUUCUAUCGUGUCACUUUUUACUCUUUUCUCUAAGCCAGUGUUUCCCAAACUUGGCUUUCCAGCUGUUUUUUGGACUACAACUCCCAUCGCCCCCAGUGGUCAGGAAUGGUGGGAACUGUAGUCCAAAAACAGCUGGAGAGCCAAGUUUGGGAAAACACUGUUCUAAACCAAAUGCUGCAGCCUUUUCUCAUAGGGGAGUGGCUCCAUCCCUUUGAUCAUUUUGGUAGUCCUUUUCUUAGCCUUCUCUAAGUCAACUCAGUAUAUAUAUAUAUAUAUAUAUAUAUAUAUAUAUAUAUAUAUUCUAACUAUAAGAAAAAACAAACUUCACACAUUGGCGCUUGUAUUAUCGGUGUCACCCAAAUCCUCCAAGUUCAGGAACACUCUGCAGAAAGUUUGCACAUUUAUAUCCAUUCCCCAUGGUGAUGCAAAUAAAAAUAUCCUGCUGGUUCUGGGUCUCGGUGAUUUUCACACCUACAUAAAAAGACAAGGGCUACUGAAACCAAAGAUGGCCAUCAAGCUGGAUUGGAUUGCGGGAGUUCUUGGUGAGGAGAGCAGGAGGGUGGGAAUCCUAAGGAGUUGUGUUAUGCUUGCUGGGAAAAGAAUGUGGUUGAGUUGGCUUGACAGGAGGCAUUGCAAGAUGGCCAGGUGUGUCGCAUAUUUCUCAAGGUCUGAGUCUGAAGAGACAAAGAUGCCUGCAAACUUAGCUCUAAAGGAGGGGAACCUCAGACCUGUGGCCCAAAUGCUGUCCUCCAACUCCUCUAUUUGAACUGCAAGGCAUUUCCUCAGGCUUCAUUCCCUCUCAGAGGCAACUUCAUCCUUUGGUGCUUUUUCAUGGUUGGAAUGUGCCCUGAAUCUCUAACGAUACCUCAUGGUUACCUGCAAGGAAGAUGGAGAGAUUGGGGGUAGGGGUGGGUGUCUUACUCCACAUAGGUAAGAGUCACAUCCAUUGCCCAUAGGCGCCAACUCCUAGGGACUGAGGUCCCUUUGCCCACCCACCCAUAAAAUAUUUGAGGAGGCUGCUACCCCCAAAGUUGAUGGGCAUUGCCAUUCAAAUGGUGUGUGUGUGCAUCUCAUGAUCGAUUAUGCAACGCUUACCUGCCCCUCCCCAACUUUUUAUUCAAGUUGGUACCUGAUCUGGCCUCACCCAGCAGCUAUAUGUGGCACCUGGAAGGGCACCCACAAAAGAACAAAGAGUAGAGGUGAAUGGGACUCUGAACAUCUUGGUCCACUGGCAAUAUCAUGAGCACACUGCCUCUGAACCUAAAGGCUGGAUAUCUAUUCAUCCUUACUAGGUUAAGAGGUCCCACUGACAAUGUCCUGUCUAAGAUCCCCUCCAAACCCUGGAGCCAUCAGUGAUGAAGCUCCUGGAAUACACCAUUGACACAAUGCCAGAAUAAUCUAAGGAGAUGUCAAUAACCUUUUGGUGGAAUUCUGAAGAGCAGUUGCUGGGAAUCACAAGUGGGGAGAGUGCUGUUGUGCUCAAGUCCUGCUAGUGGGCUUUCCACCAUGGGCAACUGGUUGGCCACUGUGAGAGCAGGGUGGUGUGCCUGAUCCAGAAGGGCUCUUCUCGUGUAGAACAGGAGACAUGAUAGAGGUGUAUAUAAUUAUGUAUGGUGUUGAGCAUAACACUAGAACUCAGGGCCAUGCAAUGAAGCUGAAUGUUCAAAGAUUCAGGAUGAAAGAAAAUACUUCUUCAUGCAGCACAUAUUUGAUCCCAUGGGAUGUAGUGAUGACCACUAACCUGGAGAACUAGCCUCUUCCUCCAGGAUUUUCUGUCAAUGGUAGCUAGCCACAAUGGCUAUGUCCUGCCUCCCCUGUCAAAGGCAGUAUUUCUCUGAAUAUGAGUUGCUGGAAAUUUCAGGUAGGGAGAGGAUUGUUGGCAUGUGGGUUUUUUUGUACAAUCCUUGUGAAUGGUCUGUGUUUUAUGUGCUUUUCUUAUAUCCACAGAUUUACAGUAUGGUGCCAGUCCACAGAACGUAUGUACCACCCGUGGGUGUGUAACAGCAGGUAAAAAUGAUAUUCUUUCCUGAAUCAUUCUUUUUUUUCUGCUGAGGUCCACUACAGGGAAUGUGCUGGCAUAGCAGACCAAUGAAGUCAGCAGGAUUGAACCCUCCACUCAUCAGCUAUGGGUAGUGUUCCACUAUUGUGUUCUCUGCAGGGAAUGUACUGAAAAAGCAGAUGUCUCCCAACUCCACCCACCAACCAACUUUGACAAUACCUCCCACUUUUGAGCCACUAGCUGUCGACAUGAUGUCAAAUGAUUGUUGGCCCCGCUUGGAAUCCCUAAGACAGUUGGAUGGUGCCCUGUACGCCAUCUUCCGGCAACUCCUGCAGCCAAGCUGGUGCCAAAAGUAUUGCUUUGCUUUCCUUUGGACCACAUUGACAAGACUGAGAGGGGUGGGGUCUUGUCAUCUGGGCAGCCCAAGACCUCCUUACACACUGCCAAGGUUUGUGCCCUGGGGAGGUUACUUUGGUACUGAUAAUGCAGCCGUCUGACUUCACCCCCAGAGGUGCACUUUAUUGUAUCUCAAAACAGACAGAUGCCAACAAGGCUGUCUCCACCCACUUGUCAAAGUUGUGCCGUGGUGGUGGGAGAGAUAAUGAUCUGUCCCCCUGGGCCAAAAAUGUUACCCAUAACCCUGGGUUAGGGGGAGCCCAGAAAAGGCAAAUGAUCAGGUAACUUAAUCAGAAUAUUCUUCUGAAUAAAUUUUGGCUCUGUCCCCAUUUUGAUGCUUAUUAGAUACAAUAGGAGUGGUGGACUUUUUCAGUCUGAGGGCCAUAUGACCUUCUGGGCAACCUUCAGGGGGCCACAAGCUAAUGGUGGGUAGGGCCAGAGGCAAAAGUGGGAAGAACCACUAAUGUAAAGCAACUAAUGUUAUGUAUAUACAGUAGGCUGGGUUCUAGACAUACCCCGCUAUAUCCCAUGUUCUAAAACAAACUGGUUGCUAUUUUGUUUGCAGUCCCAGUUCAAGGGGCUUGCAUUAGCAUGGGGGGAGCUAUUUAAUUACAAGCAUUAUUGGUGGGGGGUUUUGCAAACAGUUACCAAGUGUGUAGUGUUGUCUGCCAGAACAAUUCCAGCUCUAGGUGAAUUCUUUCUUCUUCUUCUUUCUUUUUUGCCAAUUAAUUUUUAUUGCUUUUCAUUUUUUAAAUGAAUUAACAUCAAAUUAAUUCCAAUUUAAUACAAAUUUAAAAGUUGACUUCCCAUCCUGCUCCCUUGAUGUUUCCCUUCCCACCCUUAAUUGCUGCUCAAUAUUACAUACAUUUCCAAAUUUCAUUUCAAAAUAUUUUGGCCUUUUAGCCUUAAUUUUUUUCUAUUUUCUUCUUUACUUCCCAUCAGCUGCUCUUCUUCGAUCUCUGCCAGACUUUUACUUAGCUAUAACAUAUUCACAAAUGUCAAGAAGAAUUGCUCCUCACUUUGUCAGCCCACAUGCAUCCUUAACUUUAAAAUCAACAAACCACAAACACAAAAAAAGCUCUAGGGGAAAUUCAAGCUCUAGGGCAGUGAUGGCCAAACUUGGCCCUCCAGCUGUUUGGGGACUACAAUUCCCACCACCCCUGAGCACUGGUCCUGUUAGCUAGGGAUGAUGGGAGUUGUAGUUCCAAAUCAGCUGGAGGGCCAAGUUUGGCCAUCACUGCUCUAGGGGGAUGUGCUGCCUCUAGGUACAAACUGGCACGCAACAGUUGGGAAUGGGCUUAAUUAUUGGACACCACAAGGGUACUUGCAAGCAUUCUGCUUCCCCAAUAAUGGACACUUUUAUGUUUUCAUGACGUGCAGCUGCCAGAAUAAUUCAGAACAUGGACCCCACGGCAGAACCUUGCCAGAAUUUUUACCAGUAUGCCUGUGGAGGCUGGCUCAGUCGUCAUGUCAUCCCAGAGACCAGUUCCAGAUACAACAUCUUUGACACACUGAGGGAUGAACUGGAGAUAAUUCUCAAAGGUGAGGGUCUCUUUUCUGUACUUUCCCAUUACCUGCCUACUUCCCCACUCAGUGCUAGAUCUGUGCACAAGCCAAGUAUGCUGCAGUUCAUGGACUCGGAUUAUUAUGUUCAUGUGUAUGUGUGUGUUUUAACAUAUCAUUUUCAACACUUAUUAAACAUACUUUUAUAUCUUCUACAAUUUUUUUGAUUGCAAUCAAUCACAUCUGAAAAUUUUCCAAUCUUUUUCAAUUAAUUUACAUUUCUUACUUCCACUAUUACAUUUAAAUAUCAUAACUAAAAUCUCUCUUCUUUCUCUUCUUUGUAAUGUUUCAUAUAUUCCUCCUUACAAAACUUCUUGUAGUCCUGCUAGCAUAAUUUGUUGAUUACAGUUGCUCUUCAAAUAGUUCGUAUAUUUCUUCCAAUCUUCUGUGAAUCUCUGGUCCUGCAGGUUUCGAAUCCUUCCUGUCAUCUUGUCCAAUUCUGCGUAGUCCACAGAUUAUGACGUUCUAAAUACCUCCCCCCAAAAGAAAAUACCAGUUAGAUUGUUAGCCACCUCCAUCCAAGGUCUGGAUAUGCCAAUGGAAAGUCUCUGUUCAUUGGCAUUAUGCAUGGUUAAUUCAACAAUACUGUCAAAGAGGUGGUGUCCUCUGCAAGUUGCACAAAGAUGCAAAACCUUGGAGAGCGUCGCAACAGAAAAUGCUCCGGCAGAUGGCGGUAGAAAACUUGAGUGCCUUGUUCACUAUUAAGUUGUAUUUCAACCAGCAGGUGGCUGUAAACAGCUUCCAGUAUAGCUUGUUUCGGUCUCUGCAACUUCAGCCCAUAGAAAGUGCAAGCAAGAACCCAGAAACUGGUGAUUUCAGCCAGGAAGAAUAGGCCCAGUUCUCAGUGAUUUCAGCCAACAGGUUAGCAAAUCCCUGUUUCCAGCAUUAAGAGCAUAAGAAUAACUUCCUGGAUCAGACCAAAGGUCCUUCUAAUCCAGUGGUUCCCAACCUUUUUUUGGCCAUGUCCCACCUAAGCAUCUCUAAAAUCCUGUCCCCCCCCGAUGACAUAUAAUUAUUAUUAUUCAAAAAGUGAACUCCUGUUCACAUGGAGGAAGCCUAAAAAGUCAUACAUUGUUAAUAACUCAUUCUCAAAUUGCCCCCUCCUUAAAAAUCAAAUUGUCCCAUGCUGGGAACCAUGGUUCUAAUCCAACAUUCUCUUCUCACAGUGGCCCAACCAGCAAUUGCUAUUCAGAGACAGUGGAGGCCGAAACCACAAGUGCUUUAUCAUCUGUUGCAGCCAUGACCUCACCUGCACCCAAACAGAGAGAACAGAUUGCAGGUCAUUAAGCUAUCAUGACCCUUUUCUUCUUCCAGGUGUGCUAGAGACACCAGAGCAGGAAGAUCGGGAAGCCUUCCAAAAGGCGAAAAUGCUUUAUAGAUCCUGUAUGAAUGAAAGUGAGUCUCCUCCUCCUCUUUAUUCACCCAUUUGCCCUAUUUAUCUAGCUGUUUUCCCUAGCGGCCACUUUUAGUGAAUGGAGUAGGGUGGCGCUAUGCUCUAAACCACAGAGCCCAGGGCUUGCAGAUCAGAAGGUCGGCGGUUCGAAUCCCCUCGACCGGGUGAGCUCACGUUGCUUGAUCCCAGCUCCUGCCAACCUAGCAGUUUGAAAGCACGUCAAAGUACAAGUAGAUAAAUAGGUACCACUUCGGCGGGAAGGUAAAUGGCGUUUUCGUGCGCUGCUCUGGUUUGCCAGAAGCAGCUUAGUCAUGCUGGCCACAUAACCCGGAAGCUGUACGCCGGCUCCCUCGGCCUAUAGAGCGAGAUGAGCGCCACAACCCCAGAGUCGUCCGCGACUGGACCUAACGGUCAGGGGUCCCUUUACCUUUACCUAUAUAUGGUUUACAAUGUAGCUAAAGAAAUAAUGCAUUGCAUAUUUUAUUGGUUAGGGGAAGGGAAGCUCAGUGACAAAGCAUCUGCUUUGCAUGCAGAAGGACCCAGGUUUGGACCCAAUAGUCGGACAAUGUAUGAUAGCUUCCUAUAGUCAUUUCUUCUUUCAGAUACCUGUUUUAGAAGCACUUAUUUCUAUUGUCUCCAAUGUUGUUUGGUGACAUGCUACAUAUUGCAAGUGUUGGGAUGCAGCUUGUGCUGGAGGCUGGUGUGGCUGCGUGGGAAAGAGGAGAGAGAGGAACCUCCAGGCAUAUUCAGCCAGGUUCGGGAGGGAGCUGUCUGAGGUCCUGGACAGCCACUGCAAACCUAAGGAGAUAAUACUGAGCUCUGAGUCAGUAUGACGUAGCUUCCUUUAUCUUCACAGAUCUGCCAUAGCUCAGUGGCUGGAGCGCUGGCUCUGCAUAUAGACGCUCCCAGGGUCAAACCACAGCAUUUCCAGCUGCAGCUGCAAAUCUCCCUUGUCUGAAACCCUGUAGUGCCUCUGCCAGUCAGUGUAGGCAACACUGAGCUUGAUCUUCCAAUUCCUUGGUAUAAGGCAGGAUCCUCCACCAGUGUGCUAGGAUCCCUAUUCUCAUUCACUUUUUUUCUUUCCUGCUGCUUUCCUUUCCUUUCCCAUUCAUAGGCAUCAUAGAGCAACGCGACUCAUUGCCUCUGCUUGAGGUCUUGCACACGGUUGGAGGCUGGCCAGUGGCUUCUGCAGACUGGAAUAUUACAAAUGGUAACAAGGAGGCCAGGGGAACUUUGAGGUUGUUGUUGUUGUUGUUGUUGUUGUUGGCAACCAACUAGUGUAUACAUUUUAUGAAAUAAAUAAAUAAUAGUAAAUAAAGGAGGGUGCCCAUCUUUGAACAGGGAUGAGGCAAAUCUAAAAAAAUAUAUAUGUAGUAUAAACACUGACAACUGGGAAACACUGGCCUGUGAGCGCUCCAGUAGGAGAACAGCCUUUACCAAAGGUGUCAUAGGCUUUGAAGACACUAGCACUCAGGACGCAAGGGAGAAACAUGCUAAGAGGAAGGCACACUUGGCAAACCCUCACCAUGAUCAGCUCCCACCUGGAAACCUAUGUCCCCACUGUGGAAGGACGUGUGGGUCCAGAAUUGGCCUCCACAGUCACUUACAGACUCAUUGUUAAAACCGUGUUUAUGGAAGACAAUCUUACUUGGCUACUAGUGAUCGCCAAAGAAGAAGCUAUAACACUUCAAAUCCCAAACUCUGGCACUUGGGUGAGGACUGAGGGUGAUGCCCUAUGGGGUGAAGCCCUGCCCUUCCAACUCUUAUCAUUCUAUGUGGAUUAUAUGGGUGGCCAAUUGGGGACAGCAGAUUCAACCUGCAGGGGCAGCGUGCCCCAUUUCUCUGCUUGAGAUGAAAUGGUGAAGUGCUGCCCCACACUGCUGUGCCACCCACUGCAACACCACCACCACCUGCACCACUGCCACAUCACCCACCUCCAUUGGCACCACACCACCUCUGCUGCUGGAAGAGAAGCAGCACCGCCAACAGUAUUCAGUGAGAUCUUGCCAAGAUCUCGUGAGAUCUUCCAUGCUCCCUGAGAUCUCAUGAGUUUUCCACAAGAUCUCACCGGGCAUUGAUGCCAAUGCCAGCUGGCUUUCAGUGGCACAGUGGUGGACCCUAAUUCCCAAUGUGUCUGUUGACUGGUGUAGGUCCAUGGAGCCGAUGCAGCUGAGGCUACCGUCCAACAUUUGGGUCUAGGACGUUGAAGCUUCCAUGCCAGGUUAGUAGGGCUGGCCCAUUUACUCUGAGGCAGAGUAAACCUGAGGUGGCCUCAGGUGGUGGAAGCCCCCAAGGCAGCACCCCACCCUACUGCCUCCAACACUGGCAUUGGCUUAGAUUAACACCUGGGAAGAUUUCAGGGGCCCUAAUCAACUUAUCCAUCUUCCUCAUUGGAUGAAAGAACUCAAAGUAUUAUACAAAUGUACACCGCAAACAUAUGUUACUCAUUUAUUUCCCUCCUAUUCCUGUGACCUUGGAAAGGCUGUAGGAAUUUACACUGGUGGCAACUUGUACAUUUGAUUUCAAUUGGAUUUAGUCAUGUUAUAGUUUAGAGAUAAUUGUGAUACAUAAGUAGUUGAAAUAGGAUUAUUAUUAUUAUUAUUAUUAUUAUUAUUAUUAAACUUUUUUAAAAAUCUCAUUUUCUUUUCUUUAAUCCUUUUGCCACAGAGCCAAACUGGAAAAUAGAAGACAAGCUUGCCUUAUUGAAUUUCCAAUAUAACGCACGGGUCCUCAUUGACAUGUUUGUGUGGCAUGACGACCGGGAUUCCAGCAGAAAUAUAAUUUAUGUAAGAAAGCAUCAAAUCAGGGAAUUGUGGUACUUUAGGUUGGUGGGCUGCUCUUCUUUGCCCAUUACAUGCAUUUGUACAUUUCACUCCCCCAUACCCAAUAUUUUAUGGAUAUUGUCUUCUACUAAUCCUCUUCCAUCUGUUUAAGAUUUCAUCACCAUCAUCAUCACUUUUAAUUUGUAUACCGUCUUUCUAUCUUAUAAUCCCCAAGGUGGUUUACAAGCUGAAGAAACAAAGAAUGUACACCUUAUAACAAUCUAAUGCAAUACAAAAAUGUGAUGAUAAUAAAACAUAACUUUAAAAUAAGCAACCUACAUCAAAUAAAGUCAACAAUCAUUAGAAUAGUACAGAAUAAUAUUAAAUAUCAGCAUAUAAAAAUUAAACAGAAAUCUACUCAUAAAAAUUACAGUAAAUAAUUUCUAAACUAUUUCAAUUUCAUUGAAACACAGUCCUUCUAGGCAGGUGGAAACUGCAUGUACGUAGUCCUUGAAAUAAACAGCAUCUCCAAAUAAAGAACUAGAACAGUAAGAAGCUGGUAUGCUAUGCUUCGUGUGCUGUUUCCCCAAACAGAAAGGACUGGGUUAUAACCAAUGCUCCUUAUACUCCCAAGUAUACCCAUUGAAAUUAAUGGACCUGGCUAACUUAGAUAUAACCCACUGUAUUGCAAGCUGUUUCUGCUCAGUAUUGAAGGAUGUCAACCAUCAGCUCUAGCAAAAGACAAUCAUUUUGUGCAUGUGGAAGACAGGUCGUGGUGCCUUCCUGAUGUUGCUGAACUAUAGCUUCCAUCAUCUCAGACAAUUGACCAUGCUGUCUGGGGCUGAUGGGAGUUGUAGUCCAACAAUAUCUGGAGGGUGCCUAUCCCUGCUAUAUGUGGUGUGCCACUUGAGAUCCUAAGGAUGCUGUGGAUUGAACCUUCACUUGGUUCCCUAAAGCUAUUGUAUGCUGAGUCACACGAUUGGUCCAUUAGCUUGGUAUUGUAUCUUCCAAUUGGUAACAGCUCCUCUGCAUCUUAAUAAGAAAUGUCCCAGAGCUGGACAUUCUUUGAAUUAGAAAUGUCAGCAAUUGAAUCUGGGGCCUUCCAUAUGCAAAUCAUUUGGUCGUUUCCUAAGCACUGGGUUUUUGAUACUGACAUCUUCUGUUGAAUCCUUUCCUACACAAUAAGAGAGAUUCUUUUCCUCCAGAUUGACCAGCCUGGGUUGGGAAUGCCCUCAAGAGAUUAUUACUUUAGUGAUGGCAACUACCAAAGAGUAAGUAUUUUAACAGCUUCCAAACUUCACUUUCACCUUUUGAACAUCACAAUAUUGAAAGAUUCCAGGGAUCCCACACAUCCUGUCAACAAUCUACUAAAAUAGCUUCCGUUCUAUUCUCUGCUCCAUUCAUGGUUUAUGUGCUGGUCUGAGGGAGAUCUCCUAAAACAUUGAUGGGGAUUAUCACAAUCUCUACACACCCCAGAACUUUUACUACUCUUGGCAAAUGCUUUCAACUCUUAUUUCAAUCUGAGACAGAGAAGAGUUUGGGUGCUCAUAGGAGGUCAUCUCUUCUUCUUACUUACAAGACCCCAAAGUUCAUUUUCUGGCCUGAGCCUACUAAGCUUUUCUUGCAUCUCUGCUGAUUAAAAUAUCAACAGCCAACCUCAACCCUAAGGUGGUCCUUGAGAGACACCAGUCCCAGAUAAUUUAGAACACGUUUGGGGGGGCUAUGUUCUUUCAGAUGUUGUUGGCCAUCAACUGCCAUCAGCUGCAGCCACCACUGUAGAUGGUCAGGCAUGGUGGGAGUUGCAGUCCAACAUCAACUGCAGGACCACAGGCUCCCCAUCUCUGGUUUAGAUAUUUAUACUUCAGAUGUAAGACUAUCAAAUGAAUUGGAAGGCACUGAACUAUCUAGUGGUAGUCUCUACCUUCAGUGUUUCUGAAGGUGUUAACAACUUUGCCUGAUGAAUUUAUUGCCUCUGGACUGUGCUUAAAUGCAAAUUUCUAACAUCUUCUCUUUGUCCUCCUCUGUUUAGGUGAGGGAAGCUUACUUCCAGUACAUGGUCCUCAUUGCCAAGACGAUUAGAGAAGAUAUGAAUAUGUCCAAAGAUGACAACUUUGUCCAGGAAGAAAUGAGAAAGGUUAUGGAGUUUGAAACAGAUGUAGCAAACGUGAGUACAGCAUUUUUUUGGAAAGCUGAAGAGUAAAUCCAAAGGGGAAUGAGGACAGCAGUAUAUAUAGUGUUAUAGCCAAUGUUAGUACACUCAGAUGUAGACCCAUUGGGUUGUAUCAACUGUAGCACUAAUUUAAAGUCACAUAGGGGUGUACUUGUUCCAGUGGUGAAAUGCUUUGUGCCAGUGGAACAUUGUGGUGCAUGAGAAUGCAUAAGCACAUUGUUGGUGACUUUGUUGUGCAAUAGCCGGAGCAAUGAGUUUCUUUCAGCAUAACUUUUCCAUUGGAUUCCUCCACUGCACAAUGUGAUAACUCAACAAAGAGCCCUUGAUCCAAUGGACAGAGAACUUCCUGGGUGCCUCAACCAAGGAGUAACUUCCGAAUUGUCCUUGAAAUUUCCAUUUCGGCACAACAUGGGGGCAACUCUGAUCUUUGCUUUCUAGGCUACAGUGCCCACAGAGGAAAGGCAUGAUGUGACUUUGCUAUAUAACAAAAUGACUGUUGCUGAACUCCAGGACAAGUUUGAACUAAACGUAAGUGUUUGAAGACCUGCUCCCUAUUGUGCUGUUGGAAUGACAAUCUCAGAUUCCAAAACAUAAAAUGUUGUUUAGUAAUAGCAGUUGGGUUGGGUGAACUUGACAAUGUUGGUUUCUGUCCAUUUUUGGGUUUCACACUCUUAAGUUCAGUUCUCCACCAGUUUGCAAUUUUUGUGUGCCUGGAGAUCUGCUCUGCAAAAUUCAGAGAUGUGCGAAUUUCAAAGGGUGAUUGUGCUUCUGUUUGCAAUUUGUUUAAAGGUAAAGGUAAAAGUACCCCUGCCCGUAUGGGCCAGUUGUGUCUGACUCUAGGGUUGUGCGCCCAUCUCACUUAAGAGGCCAGGGGCCAGCGCUGUCCGGAGACACUUCCGGGUCACGUGGCCAGCGUGACGAAGCUGCUCUGGCGAGCCAGCACCAGCGCAGCACACGGAAACGCCGUUUACCUUCCCGCUAUAAAGCGGUACCUAUUUAUCUACUUGCACUUAGGGGUGCUUUCGAACUGCUAGGUGGGCAGGAGCUGGGACCGAAGGAUGGGAGCUCACCCCACCGUGGGGAUUCGAACCGCCGACCAUUCGAUCGGAAAGUCCUAGGCACUGAGGUUUUACCCACAGCGCCACCCGCGUCCCUAAUUUGUUUAGGAAAGUACUAAUUAGGUCUGUUCGUCUUUACAUGUGAAAUGAAUUGAAACUCCCCCAACCCUAGUUAGCAGUAGAGGAGGCCAUGACUAUGUUCCGAAGGAAGCCUCAGAACCUAGUCCUGCUCUGUCCAAUCGAGGCACAGGCAAAAUGAAGCGUACCAGUAGUAGCUGGCGGGGCAAAUGGGGCUGUGUUGCUCUCCCGGCUUUCUAAUGCCACAUAUCAUUACCACUUCCUGAGAAGAGGAGGAGGGGCAAGGCAGUGGGAUCAUGCUAUGGGUGCAAUGGUGGAGCUAAUCUGAUCCUCCCAGGUGUGCCUGCACCUUGCUGAGCUCCCUGCUGCCUUGCUCCCCUCCCUCCGGUAAGCAACAGUGAUGUGCAGCAUUAGGAAGUCAGGAGAGCAACACAGCCCCACUUGCCCCACCAACUACUACUGGGCCUGUGCCUUGAUUGGACCCAGAGAGCAGGCCUAGCACCAAUGGGUGGACAUUACAGGGAAGCAGAUUUCAGCUAUACAUUAAGUGACUUCAGAAUGGUUAGAGCUGAUCAGUGAUGGAACAGACUGCCUCAGGAAAUGGCAUGAAGAUGCUCAGGCAGGGGCUGGCCACCUGUCAGGGAUGCUUCAAUUGCAUCCUACAGUACAGGUUGUGCAUGGAGCAUGGAGGGCUCAGGGAAGAUGUGAGCUGUGCUCCAACAGCAUCUGGGCAAGGCUGAAGAGCACUGGACCAGGGUUCCUUAGAGCACUACAUUCUAUGGACUCUCUCCCUAUGAAUCCUUUUCUGCAUGAUGAUAAAUACCUUUGAAUGGGACGUGUUGAGGAAUGCAUUAUCUAGGGAUGCUUAAGGAAUCCAGUCUUUGUGAUUUGAUAUAAACCAAACUGGAUCUCCUGAACUAGUGUAUCCACCAGCUUUUGCACUUCCUAAUCAAUUCCCCCACACUUUUUUUAUAUAUUGUGAAUAUAUCGGGAAUUAAAAUCAUUGAGCAAAUCCCUUUGCUAUGUCAAUUUCAAGGAAAAACAAUUUCAACAGGACCACGGAGGGAUGAAAAUGGAAUUUCCCAAUAUCUUUUUAAAGGACUUGUUUUCAUUUUCCCCCUUCCCCCACUCUCUAUCUCUCAUCUAGGGGUUCAAUUGGACACUCUUCAUCCAAAAUGUAAUGACUUCGGUUAACGUUGAGAUCAGUCCCAAUGAGGAGGUGGUCGUGCACGGAAUGCCAUAUCUUCGGGAGCUAAAAGCUGUCAUCGCCAGUUAUUCAGCCAGGUAGGGAUGCCAGAUUUCUUGGACUGAGGUGGGAGAAGGGAGGGAGAAGAAGGGAGCAUAUAUAAAAACAUAAAGAGAGAGAAAAUGAAACAGUAAAAGAGAAGCAAAAAGUAAAACAGAGAAACAAACAAGGAGAAGAGGAAUUGGGGAGAAAUACAAUUCAGUCCACAUUUAGAGGCGAAUUUACUUAAUCUGCAUUUCCCCAAGCAACACACAGAUCAAAACACAGACAUCUUUCAAAAAUUCACACUUUUCUGAAUUUUUCUUUCCAGUUUUCCAGCCAGGUAAUAUGAACAAAAAUGCAUAUGCUAGAGUAGAGUGUGCCUAUAAAUGCACGUAUUAGUGAAACUAACGUACAAAAGUGCAUUAUUUUAGAGAAAUCGUCUUGCAAAAAAACCCAACACGGUUAUUAUUGGUGAAACAAACAGGCAAAAAUGCAUUGUAUUUAUUAAGUUACAUGGCUUUGCAAAACAUGUGUAUAUCAGGCAAAACAUUAUCAUCAUCAUCAUUAUUAUUAUUUAUUUGCAAACUGAUGUUGAAAUGUGAAGACGUGAACUUAAAGCUGAAAAAAGAGAAACUGAGUUAAACUAAAACUGACAGAGCAUGACUGAGUAAAAGAGAAACACAGAAAGAGGGAGAGAAAAUGAAUAGAAAGAGACACUGUGAGUGAGUGAGUAUGAGAGAGAGAGAGAGCAACUCAUCUGCACUAUACAUUUAAAGCAGUAUCAUGGUGCUUCACAGUCAUGGCUUCCCCCAAAGAAUUCUGGGAGCUAUAGUUCAAGUGCGAUGAGAGUUGUUGGGAGACCCGUAUUCUUUGAGGGAAGCCAUGACUGCUUAAAUUGGCAUCAUAGUGCUUCCACUGUAUGGGUUGAAAGUGAUCUCAGUGUCACUCUUUAAAUGAUGACAUUGGACUUAUUAUGGCUGAAGCGCUAUGUGCACAGCUCCAUUAAACAUUGUUGUUGUUGUUGUUUAGUCGUUUAGUCGUGUCCGACUGUUCAUGACCCCAUGGACCAGAGCACGCCAGGCACUCUUGUCUUCCACUGCCUCCCGCAGUUUGGUCAAACUCAUGCUGGUAGCUUCGAGAACACUGUCCAACCAUCUCAUCCUCUGUCAUCCCCUUCUCCUUGUGCCCUCAAUCUUACCCAACAUCAGAGGUUUUUUCCAGGGAGUCUUCUCUUCUCAUGAGGUGGCCAAAGUAUUGGAGCCUCAGCUUCAGGAUCUGUCCUUCCAGUGAGCACUCAGGGCUGAGUACUCAUUAAACAUAGCAUUAAACAUAGCAGGACUUAAUGGCUGAGUAAAUUGGCUGAGGACUGCAUUGCAAGUUAUAGCAGAGCUUAUGCAUUAGAUAUGCUUCAGAGUGUCUUUUACUGAAUGAUGCAGUAAUGGGAGCAGUGGGGAGGAAAGAGACAAUCUAACCCCUUCCUUCCUAGAUGUUUAUCAGUUCAAAAUCACCCCGAGGGGUUUUAAAUUUCAAGAGGGUUUUAGUAAUUAAAUUAUGUAGUGAGCAACCAGUUUAACAAUUCCUCACUUCUGCUCUUCCUUUCCCCCCUCCCAUGUAUGCAUACACCCCCAGCACAAUCCAGAACUAUCUGGUGUGGCGCCUGGUACUUGACAGAGUCAGUGGUUUGAGCCGGCGUUUCAAGGAGGCCAGGGCAAACUACCGAAAGGUAACACUCUCCCACUUUUUACUCACAGGUUUUACUCAUAUCAUUUUGGGCGGAGCCAUUUACUAGUGUUAUAGGUACUUUUCACUUUCUUUGGGAGGGGGGAAUUUCUAGGUGUAUGUUGCAAUUGGAUUAUCAAGAUGGCCACCGACCUCUGAGGCAAGGCGAGGCAGCUGCUCUCACAGUUUUACUGUUUUAUUGCCCUAUUUUAUUAUUUUAUUGUUUACUUCCUUGUUAUUUCACUGGUAAGACUCUGAUGGGAUUUCUGCUGAGACACUAAAAAAAUAUGCAGAUUGGUGAGCAUCACCACUUGCUAACCUUUUCACUCUUAUAGACCAAAAUGGAAUUAUAACAAAAUCAUGGUUAACGUUUGUAAUUAUCCCAAUUUAUUUAUUUUUUUUAAAAAAGCUAUCCUGAGCAGCUGUGUAACUACCGCCCUAUUAGUCUCCUGUCCACUAUAAGCAGUGCUUUUUUCCUUAAAAAAAUGUUUAGGGAUACUCUCAAUUUGACUCAAGAAAAUCACCAUUUUUAUAGCUCAAAUCAGGAAAAAUAAAUAACAGUAAAUGGACAAAAGUACAAAGAUUCACAAAAUGCUUAGGGGUAUGCGUACCCCCGCGUCUCCCCCCACCCCAAAAAAACACUGACUAUAAGUAAACUCUACUCUAAACAUUUAGAGCACUAUCUAUUGGAUUGGAUUAAAAUGAAUAGAAUUACUGACCCUGAGCAGAUCAGAUUUACAAAACAGAAAUCAAAUGCCAGGGAUUGAACUGGGAACCAUCUGCUUGCAAAGCACAUGCUCUGCUACUGAGCUCCAGCCUCUUGGCUCUGUAUCUUGAUGUCUUACAUAUUUUCUACUGUGGCUUGUAUUUAUUUCACUUGUGUACAUUUAUUUACCUAAUAGCAUUGUUUUGAGAUAUGCUCAGAGCAUAGCUCUUCACAAUACUCGACAAUCAGCUGAUAGUUGGGUAUUACACAGCCCCAAUCCAAGCACUUGCUUUCAAACUAUGCAGGCAAAAAAUAAAAUAAAAAAUGGGUCAUCUGAUAUCAUUGCGAUGGCAGGUGGUUGAUGGGUAGAUGACCUGUCAAACUUGGCCUGUAGCAGGUGGAAGUGAUAAACAUUCUGGCUCCCCAGCCAGAUCUAAUUCUCCCCAUCACCACCACCCUGCAGGAGGGCAUUAAGAUAGUCUAAACCAGAGGUUGUCAACCUGGUUCCUACCGCCCACUAGUGGGUGUUUCGGGAUUCUAGGUGGGCAGUAGGGGGUUCUAUGGCACAAGCUGAAUCCUCCUUCCAUCAAGCACUGGUGGGCGGUAAGGAAAUUUUACCAUCAAGAAAGAUGCAUUAGUGCAGACAUAGGCAAACUCCGGCCCUCCAGAUGUUUGGGACUACAGUUCCCAUCAUCCCUAGCUAACAGGACCAGUGGUCAGGGAUGAUGGGAAUUGUAGUCCCAAACAUCUGGAGGGCCGGAGUUUGCCUAUGCCUGCAUUAGUGGGUGGUAGGUAUAAAAAGGUAGACUACCCCUGGUCUAGACUGUGGACAACCUUAGAACAAAGAACAAGGAGCUUGUGCUGGGCAGAUAAGGAGUUUGGAAGCCAGCUGAAGGGAUGUUGGGAGCAGGCAUGAUGUGGUCUGGAUGAUGAGAGAAGUGUUGGGACUUCUUUUCUCCAAGGCACUUUAUGGCAUGAUGCUAGAAGAAGCUCGAUGGCGGGAAUGUGUGAGCUACGUCAACACCAACAUGGAGAAUGCAGUAGGAGCUCUGUAUGUUAGAGAGACUUUUGCUGGCAAGAGCAAAAGUAUGGUAUGUUGUUGUCUCAUGAUUUUCUUAUUUUUCCAUGUUCCUACACCCCUCACCGUCCCAGCCACUGUGAAACUGGAAGUGAAAAUGACUGACCUUAUCAUAGUCAUAUGAAAGUGUGAAUUUCAGUGAUCUCCAAACAAGCCCAUGGUUCUUUCUUUUGAUCAUGCAGCAAUAUAGGAGGGAACUGACACAGAUACAUUUCUGCUAGCAAAGAAACAACCUUAAUGUGCCUAGCUUAGCCCACACCAACGGCACUGACUUGGGCCCCAUACUGUAGGUGCCCAGCGUGCCCCAACCACACCAUAAUAUCAUGACACACACGCCGUGACAUCACGACACACGCUGUAGUGUCAUGAUGUCAUAGGGCAGCGGUUCUCAACUUGUGGGUCCCCAGAUGUUGUUGGACUACAACUCCCAUCAUCCAUAGCUAGCAAGGCCAGAGCUCAGGGAUGAUGGGAGUUGUAGUCCAAUCACAUCUGGGGACCCACAGGUUGAGAACCGCUAUCAUAGGGUGCAGCGCAAGCCCCAGUGGCACAGCAACAAUUGCACCCUUCCCGUCCAAAUGUCACAUUUUCUCUCUCCCCCAACUCUGUGUUCUCUUCCACCUCCCCAAAUCCAUGCUCUCUCUUCCCUCCUGCCAGAUAUCUGCACUCUUUGCACACCUGCCCCCACAUUUUGUAGAUGCACAGCCCCUAUAUGGGUAAUUUUGUGGGAGCUCAGGCACCCAGAGCCCUGGGGAGAUGGGGCCUAUGGCCCAGACCUGAUGGAGCUUCACUUGGAGCUCUACAUUCUGUUAUUGGAAACGGCAUGAGAAUUAUACCUCCCCCCAUCUAUUUUUGCCUCAGGUCCGAGACCUCAUUGAGAAAAUUCGUGAAGUGUUUAUCGAGACACUGGAUGAAUUGCAGUGGAUGGAUGAAGCAUCGAAAGGGAAAGCUCGGGAGAAGGUCAGAAGAAAUGUGUGUCUAAGAAUAGUUUUCAGUAAUGAAAUUUCACAUGAUUGGGGUUUUUUUCCAUAUUUUAAAAAAUAGCAAAUAUAUCAGACGUUCAUAUAUCUUAUGAAGACCAUUUCUCUGUCUGUCUCAAAUAUGAAGCAAUGGAGAAUUUCCAUGCAAGAUGCAGAAUAGGGGUGAGCAAGCCUAGGACAGGGGGAUGAAUGUGGCCCUCCAUACACCUCUAUCUGGCCCCCCAAACUCUCCACAGAUAGCAUUCCCUCCCCAACCACACACCCCUCACCAUCGCUUAUUGCAUCCUCCUUGAGUGCUUUUGCCUUGCUGGGAUACGUCCUUGAACUCUGAUGAUGCUUUUACAGAGGAAAGAGUGGUGUGAGUCCACUUAGAAACUAGCCUACAGCACAAAGGGGGUAAAUUGUAUGUGUUGCUCUGCUCACUUUGCCUCUGGCCCUGCCCACCACUGACAUGUUGUGUCCAAAGGGUUCCCCACAAGGUCAUGUGCCCCUCUGGUUGAAAAAGAGGGGAAAGCAGGUAUACAGUAAGUUGCAUUUCAGCUCUGCAAAAAUCAGAGGUUUCUAUACAUGUUUGUUCCAGAGGAUUAUCUCAGUUCAAAGACAGGCAAAAGCACUUGAGAAGGAUGGCGAACAGGACCAGUGCGAAGCCUGUCCUGAACACGGGGAAUGGUCAAGGGUGAUGUCCAAGGGCCAGAUGGAGAGGCCUGGAGGGCCAGAUUUGGACCCCCAGUCCUGAGGUUAUCCCCCACCCCCAGUUUGCACCUUCAUUGAGAAAUAAAUAUUGGUGUGCUUUGGAUCUUCUGAAGUAUUGUAAACUGCCUCGCCCAUGGCAAACAGUAGUGUAAAAUAAAUAUUGUGGUGUUUUUAAAAAAUAAAUGAAUGUGAAAGGUUGGAAAAAUUGUAUACAGACACUGUAAAAUAAAAUAAACAAACCCAGUAGAUGGAUAUGAUACUGCCUGGACCUGGAGAAAGGCAGGAAGUGAGGGUUUGGUUUCUGCUGUCUUCUUCUAGGUGACUGCAAUUAAAGAGCAGAUAGGUUACCCGGACUACAUUCUCGAAGGUCAGAAUGAAAAGCUAGAUCGGGAAUACACAAAUGUAAGUGUGAAGGCGAUACCUGGACAUUUCCAUUAAGGACAGUUUUGGGAUUGUAGCCAAUUGGUGGUCCUACUCAGAGUAGACCAAAUGACUUUAAGGGAUAUGACUAACUUGGGUUUAUUAAUUUCGUUGGGUCUGCCCUAAGUAGAACUUAGAAUCAUUGAAUUGUAGCGUUGUAAUUGACCACAAGUCAUCUAGUCCAACCCCAUGCAAUGCAGCAACCUUUUGCCCAACAUGGGAUUUGAAGCCACAACACUGAGAUUAAAAGUCUCAUGCUCUACUGGCUGAGCUAUCCCUUCUUCAUUGGAUGUAACAUUUUGUCUAUAAUUACUGGUAAAGGUAAAGGUAAAGGGACCCCUGACCAUUAGGUCCAGUCGUGGCUGACUCUGGGGUUGCGGUGUUCAUCUCUCUUUAUUGGCCGAGGAAGCCAGCGUACAGCUUCCGGGUCAUGUGGCCAGCAUGACUAAGCCACUUCUGGCAAACCAGAGCAGCGCACAGAAAUGCCAUUUACCUUCCCGCUGCAGCGGUAUCUAUUUAUCUACUUGCACUUCAUGAUUUUGAACUGCUAGGUUGGCAGGAGCAGGGACCGAGCAAUGGGAGCUGACCCUGUCACGGAAAUUCGAACCGCCAACCUUCUGGUUGGCAUGUCCUAGGCUCUGUGGUUUAACCCACAGCGCCACCCACGAUAAUUACUGGUAGACAUGCUUUAUAAGACAAUUAUUUUUACACAAUCAUACUCCCUUUGGUUUUUCUAUGUAACUGGGCAUUGGUGUCUACUUGGUAAUAGGGGCAACAACUCAGCAAAAGGACCUUCAAAUGCUUGAAGACAAAUGCUUGUAUUAUUAUUAAUUUUUACAGCUGAACUUCAGUGAGCAUGAGUACUUUCAAAACAUCCUGCAAAACCUCCAACAUGGAGCUCAGAAAAGCCUGAGGAAGCUCCGGGAGAAGGUUGACCAAGACCUGUGUGUAUCUCUAUGGAUUGCAUAAUGUCUUGCAACAGGACAGGGGAAGCACUUUCAGCCUAGGGGUGAAACAAUCCAGGGGCAAUAAUCCAGGGGCCGCGUGCUAGCGGGUUAAUGGGGAAAGAAGCAAAAGUGGGCAGAACAACAAAUGUAAAUUCUACUUUCGUAGAGUAGGUUGGGUUCUGUACACUCUCUGUCCUGCCUUCAGCCAGGCAAGAAACAUUUUCAGAGACCCAGGGCACAUUCCAGCCAGACAAAAACAUUCAAAAGAGGGUGAAGUUCAGGGAGAGUAGAGGGGGGACCCCCAUGGGUCAGACAGAAAGGCCUUGAGGGCCACAUUUAUUCAUUUUGCCAAGAUAAUAUGGGUAUUCAGGGAGCAGAAGGCAUCUUUAGGGGACAAAAUGGGCUCAGCAGCUCUUAAACCUCCAGUGCCUGCUGAUUAUUCCCUACAAACCAGACUUUGGGGCAGAGAUCCAGGGCCUCACUCAGCAGAAUGAACCCCAAAAUGAGUGAAGCAAUUCACAUUUCCAUCAAACGAGAGGGUGUGUGUAAGAUCAUGAAGUCCAAAAUCUGAAACUAGGCCACAGAGCAUCAACUUUGUGAUCAGAAGGUCCAAGGUUCCAUUCUUACCAUCCCCAGGCAGGGAUGGGAAAGACUCCCUGUCUAAAACUCUGGAGAGCUACUGCCAGUCAUUGUAGACAAUACUGAGUUAGAUAGACCAGUGGUCUAACUCAGUAUGAGAUUUUCCUAUGAACCUAACUGCACCUCUGCUAUGGAGUGGGACAUGAUUUGCUUAACAUGGAGGGGAAUCAGAGGGUGGUAGGCCCCCUCAAACUUUUUGCCCCAAAUCCAAACAUUGUUUCAGAAUCUUAAUGAAAAUGAAAUGAUGGGGGAAGCUUGCAGAUAAGAAAUAUUAAAGAAUUCCCUGCCCUCUAAUGCUUCUAUGACAUUUACCUAAUGAGGGUCAGCACAGAGUUCAGAAGCUCAACCUUCCAAUAAUAGGAUAUUUCUACUGCUUUAUGUUAGCAACUGUCCCAUUGUUGUGCUGGGCCCCCUCCUCUGUUUGUGUGGGUGUUUUCCUCCUUGCAUCAUGCUACACGAGUUAGCACUGAUCCUGACAACGGCUUUCAUCGCUGAUCUCUUUCAGGUGGUUAAUUGGUGCUGCUGUGGUCAAUGCCUUCUACUCCCCUAACCGGAACCAAAUUGGUAAGUCCCAAAAUAUUCCAACAGAUUUAGGUGGCAACCCUGAACAUACCUACUCAAAGUAAACCAGUGGGACUUACUCCGAGGUAAGUUAGCAGUGAAAAAUGCAUGUUUUAGUGACGAAUCAAAAGAAAAAAAAUGCAUUUCAAUAGCUUUGCAGGAUAUUAGGCAAAAUGGCAUGCAAAGAAGAAAUUCAGACUGAAAUGGUGCUGGAUUUUCCUGAAAACUUUUUUUGGGGUGGUGGUGGGGAACCCCACAAAUGUGCGUGGAAAUGUGGAGAACUGAACUUUCAAGUGGGACAAUAAGAAACUGAAAGUAAGAUUCACCCCUCCCUGGUGCACGCCUGUAGACCAUGUGAUACUCUUGGCAAUGGAACACACUUGCUGGGCAGGGAUAUGUGGAGCUAGGAAGGCCCUUAGGUAGCCAAGUUGCUCAGGGCUUUAAAUGCUGAAAGAAGAACCCUUAACUGCACCCAGUAGCAUGCCAGCAGCCAAUGUAGCUUCCACAGCAGAGGCUUAGCAUCCAGGAAAUCCAUGCAGUUCCUCAGUCACCCUCAAAAUCUAUCACACUGAAUGAUCUUCCAUUGCCAUCAUAAUUUCCCUUUUCAUCUAUUUUCUGUAGUAUUCCCAGCUGGGAUCCUGCAGCCUCCCUUUUUCAGCAAGCACCAGCCGCAAGCCCUCAACUUUGGAGGUAUUGGGAUGGUAAUCGGACAUGAAAUCACUCAUGGGUUUGAUGACAAUGGUAAGGCAAGUCAGCAGAGCAGCUUGAUCUGCCCCUUCCCUGGUAGCUCGCUGGGUUGGGAAGAAAGGACGGGGAGAAAGGGGGUUCAGAAACAGAGAGAGAAUUAGGUGUCAACAAAAGAGAGGGGAGAAAGUCGUAGGGAUGUUUGGAGAAAGAGAGAGGUGUUAGCAGUGCUAUUUUUGUAGGAAAAGAGGUGCCAGAGCUCAAAACGAACCCUUGUUGCGUAGCGAAUUUUCCCCCCAGUGGAAAUAAUGACACAUGACACAAUUAUUAAGGUUAAUGAGCUAAAUAAGGCCACAACUUUAUUGGUUACAGGUGAUGAGCGGUAUUGGCUUAGGCAUUGGUCCUAACCAACUAUAUCCAACUUCAGCUCGUCCACUUGAAGUCCAGGAAGGGUUAACCACCAGUAGGGAGAGUCCUGCUGAUGCACAUCAACUAGGAACUCCCCCAGGGUCACCGAUUGGGGGUGUGCCUUAGGCCCUCACCUCCAUAGGCUUCGGACAGGGCCACGUCCCUUGGAAUCCUUUUUCGGACUACCCUUCAAUAUACGGGCAGGUGAUGGCGUUACCUCCCCUCUUCCAUCUACAGUACCAAUACCAAUGCCUAACUGCCAAUACCAAGAAAGUUUUGGUGAUUUGUAGGCGAAAACCAAGUGGCUGGUGCCAAUUUGCUAAGUGGAAAAAUUCCUACAGGCCCCUCAACAGUGACCAACCGAGGUCCAUAGCAAGGUCAAAGAACAAAAACCUUAUAGGGCGGGAGGGUGGAAAAAGCAGGAACAGUUGGCAGGUGGCAAAGAGGGAGAUCCCCAGCCGUGUCCCAGUUUAAAUAGAGCAGGCCACACCCCCAGAGCCAGCCGAUUGGCUGGCCAGGAGGUGACACAGCCAGGAAUCCCCCCAAUCGUGCGGUGGGGCCGUGAAGCCCGCAACUCCACCUCCUCCGAAGGGCAGAAGUGGCUUUCUCUUAGAACAGCAAUGGCGCCCACCUGAGAGGUGCCAGAGCUGAGCUCUGGCUGCAAAAAAAAGCCCUGGGAGUUAGAAAGAGUGAGGGAGAAACAUGGGAGUGUUGGAGAACGAGAGAGAGAAAAAACAACAUGGUGGGUUGGAGAAAGAGAGAGAGAAAUAAAACCAUAGGGGUGUCAGAGAGAGGAGUGUCAUAGCAAGCCUAUCCAGUCAAAUAGCUUAGUUCUCUUUCUCAAGUCUGGCAGAUUUUGGUAUGUGUUUUGUUGGAGAUAUAUAUAUAUUUAUAUAUAUGAGAAGUGGAUUUUAGCUGUGUUUCAUAUAUAAUUUUAGAACUUAGAACUUUUUUUUGUAAGUGGUCUACAAAUACUGUGUUUCCACAUAAAUAAAAAGGAGGUGGCCCUGCCUACCAUCUGUGGCCUAGGGCCCCUGUGUUGUGAUGUGAGUCCCUACCAAGUUGCUCAUUUCUUUCUCCUCCUCCCCAAACAGGCAGGAAUUUCGACAAAGAGGGCAACAUGUUUGACUGGUGGAGCAACUUCUCUGCCACCCACUUCAAGGAGCAGUCGCGCUGCAUGAUCUACCAGUAUGGCAACUACACCUGGGAGCUGGCAGGGGGACAAAAUGUGAGUUGGGGCCAUGGAGGCACUGCCCCACCAACCUCAGUAUGCUCUCAAUCAGCCCCCACCUUCAUACCUUCUUACUUAUGAUGAGUCUAGGGGGUGCCCAUGCCUGUCACCUUCCUUCUUCUCAGUCUCAGUGUUGCCCUUGCAGAACUCAGCAGAGGAGGAGGAUGGGGGCAAAACUAGAAUUAGCUGGCCCUGCCUCUGGCGCCACCUGCUGGUGGGCUCCCUGCUUUCUGCCCUACCAGUUCCCAUGGGCAGCCACCAAAGGCUCCACUUCCUAGCCCAUCGUUCAUUAAGACCAGAUUGAUGAGUAUCUGGGAGAGGCCCUUUUUUGUGGGUGGUGCCACGUAUUGUGGAAUUCUCUCCACAGGGAAAUCCACUAAGUCAAGGGUUGCCCUUGGGGGGGGGCAGUGGGCACAUCUGAAAUUCUGAGUGCAUUGUCACCCGUCACAAAAUGGCUGCUAUGUAGUGCAAUGAUUUCAAAAGUUCAAAAUUAUUUCGAGCUAUAAUACAACCGUAUGUGGAACUGAAGAGCAUUUGUUGUCAUAGGUCAGUGGAAUCAACACACUGGGAGAAAACAUUGCCGAUAAUGGAGGCGUCCGUCAGGCCUACAAGGUGAUUUGAAACUGUUGUGUGUUUUCACUGAGAGGUUCUGCAAGAUUACUUAUUCACGGCUGGAAACUGGGGGUUGAAUUUUCUGCUUCUGGGUUGUAUAUUAUUAUAGAUGUUGAUGAUGAGAAUAGUGGGUGAGAUGCUCCUAAGACGUCCCAUCAGCAUAAUGAUUUCUGCAUGUGCAAUGGGGCUUUUGCUCCCUUCCCUUCACCCUUCACACACCCCACACCUCCCAAAAUUCACUUGGGGGGCAGGAGAAUGCCCAGAACAGCCCACAGGGAGGAAGAGAGCAGAUUGUUCUGCCUGACAAGCGGACAUGCUUGACCAGAUGAAACUUUGUCAGUGUGACAUUGGCUUCCACCCAAUGUACUGUAGCCAACUGAGUUUGCUCAGAGUAGAACCCUAGUAGUAGUAUUAAUAGUAUUUUAUUAAUCGCCUUCUACACCAAGAUUUCCCAGACUUGGGUCGCCAAGCUGUUUUUGGACUACAGUUCCCAUCAUCCCCAGCCACUGGUCCUGCUAGCUAGGGAUGAUGGAGGUUGUUCUACCUACACUAUUGUCUCAAGAUGACAUCCAAUAAAAACAGCCCAAAAAAAGCAUUUAAACAAAAGGGUGGGGGUGAGAGGAAGCCAAUUCAUGUCAAGCAAAACUAAAACAAUACACAAUACUCAUAGCAAAAGUCCAUUUAUCUCUCCGGGAAAACUUGUCGGGACAAAAAUGUCCUCACUUGUUUCUGGAAAGUGCAGAUAGUGGAUGCUAUUUUACAGAACUGAAAGCCCUGCUCUGAGUUACUAUGGAGUGGGCUUCUGAGAUCUUCAGAAUUUGUAGGAGAAACUCCACUGACAGCCCUACAACAGGUGGAUUUCGUAUUUAGCAAUUAGGGCAUCUUGAGGCGGCCAUCUGUUUUGUGAAAAUAACAGGGGUGGGAUAAGAGUUCAUUUUUACUAUUAGCCAGAGGUGGUGUAGUGGUAAGAGUAUCAGGUCCAGGGCCCAGAUGACCAGGGUUCAAAUCCCCACUCGGCCAUGAAGCUCUCUGAGUGACCUUGUGCCAGUCGCAGUAUCCAGCCUUACCUACCUCACAGGGUAGGUUGUUGUGAGGAUAAAAACAGGAGUGGGGUAGAGGCCCAUGUGCCUCACCAUAAGCUCCUUGGAAUAAUUUUGUUGUUUAGUUGUUUAGUUGUGUCCGACUCUUCGUGACCCCAUGGACCAGAGCAUGCCAAGCACUCCUGUCUUCCACUGCCUCCCACAGUUUGGUCAAAUUCAUGCUGGUACUUUAACACUGUCCAACCAUCUCGUCCUCUGUCGUCCCCUUCUCCUUGUGCCCUCCAUCUUUCCCAACAUCAGGGUCUCUUCCAGGGAGUCUUGUUUCCUCAUGAGGUGGCCAAAGUACUGGAGCCUCAGCUUCAGGAUCUGUCCUUCCAGGGAGCACUCAGGACUGAUUUCCUUCAGAAUGGAUAGGUUUGAUCUUCUUGCAGUCCAUGGGACUCUCAAGAGUCUCCUCGAGCACCAUAAUUCAAAAGCAUCAAUUAUUCGGUGAUCAGCCUUCUUUAUGGUCCAGCUCUCACUUCCAUACAUCACUACUGGGAAAACCAUAGCUUUAACCCUUGGAGUAAUAGCGGGAUAUAAAUGUAACAAGUGGAAUGGUGGAGGAUAUUGUGUUUUUCAAGCUACUCAUUUGGGUGUUUUAAUUAUUAUUAUUAUUAUUAUUAUUAUUACAGGCCUAUUUGAAAUGGGUGGCAAAAGAAGGACAGGAACCAAGAUUGCCUGGGCUUGAUCUAACCCACAACCAGCUCUUCUUCCUCAACUUUGCACAGGUGUUUUUGAUCACGGGAAAAGAGGAUAUUUAUUUGGGAGCAGGGAGAGGGCUUAUUUAAUGUAAUGUUAUGCAUUUGUCUGGCUUGUACGCUUUCUCCUUCUGAACCACAUCGGCUCCUUAAUGUGGGAGAGGUAUCGGUCAGAAGCUCAAAAAGUGAAUGAGAUUUAAUACCCUGAGGUUGGUGUGCCUGGCCCCUUCUUCCUGCAAGGAAUCCCUCCAAUACGCUGCGAGGGGUGGGAGCGAAAUCCACAGCAAAUAUGCCUUCCAAAAAAAUUGUGGCAUUUGAAGCCACUGUGCUCACCUCAUGUCUAUUUGCAUCAAUUAUCCUGCUGCUUUGCAGUCCCAGAGCUGUACUUGCACCCACAACAUGGGUUGUAAUAUUCAAUGUUCAGCUGACUCAAGCUUUGGGGUCAAUGCUGAUUUUGAAUGGUUUUAUCUGGGUAUUCUGAGGCUUUCUAGACUCAGUUACAAUCAAAUUCAUUGUCCAUCUCCCAGGUAUGGUGCGGUUCCUACAGGCCAGAAUACGCCAGCCAGUCUAUUAAGACUGAUGUCCACAGUCCACUGAAAUACAGGUAAAGCCCCCGUGAAGCCUUCUCCCACCUUCUGCUCACUCACAGACCGCCGCUGAUCCAGUGGACCAGUUCACUACCUUUGCAAUACUGCCAGCUUUCCAUUUCUCUGCACCUGUUCUCACCAACAGCUCUCUCUUUCCCUGCUUCGCCAGGAUUCUCAGCGGGGGAAAUGAACAAUUGGAAUGUUCAUAAGCAUUCCGUAGCAGCUCAGCAGCUGCACUAGUGUCAUUCCUCUGGAGCUGAGCACACUCAGCCAAAAAAGCAAGAAUGGUUGCCAAAACUAUAGUUUACUUUCUAUUGCAAGGUGUUGUUUUGCCAAGUUUAUUACAUCCAUUGAUUGUCAGAUUGCAGCCACAAAGUUACAAUUCCCAGAGUAGUUUAGCAAUUGAUCCCUCUUCCUGGGGAAUUCUGGGUGGGGAAUAGGGAUCUCCAAGCAACUCAGCACCCUUAGCAAACUGUAGCCCACAGGAUUAUUUGUGACCGUAGGAAGUGAGAAGAGUGUGCCUUCAAUGUCUAAUGUGGCUGACAUGACACAUUGUGAGGGGUGAUUGUGCUCAGGCACACGAGGGGGAGUUUAAGACUUCCUUCCCUAGAAGCAGUUUUAGUGAAAAUCCUCCCUCCCCAGGCAGCAAUUAGCGUCCUGAUAACGUUUGCCAAAGGGGACGCGGGUGGCGCUGUGGGUUAAACCACAGAGCCUAAGGCUUGCUGAUCAGAAGGUCAGCGGUUUGAAUCCCCGUGAUGGGGUGAGCUCUGGUUGCUCUGUUCCUGCUCCUGCCAACCUAGCAGUUCGAAAGCACCUCAAAGUGCAAGUAGAUAAGUCGGUACCACUCCGGCGGGAACGUAAACAGUGUUUCCGUGUGCUGCUCUGGUUCGCCAGAAGCGGCUUAGUCAUGCUGGCCACAUGACCCGGAAGCUGUACGCCGGCUCCCUCGGCCAAUAAAGCGAGAUGAGUGCCGCAACCCCAGAGUCUGUCACGACUGGACCUAAUGUUCAGGGGUCCCUUUACUUUUAAUGUUUGCCAAGGGGAGCAUUAUUACCUUCACCAAGGGGGGAGGGGGAUGAAUUCUGUCACUAUUGCGAUCCUUCACAUGUGUGCUCUGGCUUACAUGACAAUCGCCCCCAACCACUCUUUUAGAAAAACUCACCACAUAAUUAAUGGCAUGUGCAAUUAAAGCCAUAAGUGGCAGGUCAAUUAGUGGCAAAGCUGCCAUAAGGAAAGAUCACUUUCAGCCAUUCCAAGUUCUAUGCAUUUUGUAAAAGAAAAGGCCCUCCUGUGGUUCUCACCUAAUCCCACACAUUCCUUUCCAGUCCUCAGCUUCUCUCUCUCAUCUAUUCUUCCCUCCUAGGGUGAUGGGCUCCUUGCAAAACUUUGAAGCCUUUUCUGAAGUGUUUCACUGCAAGAAGGGCACCGCCAUGCACCCCGCUGAGAAAUGCAGGAUCUGGUAGCCAAAGGACUUGGCCUCUACAGUCAGACCUCCGUUGUCCGAAUUUGUUCGGGUUUCGCCAAUGACGUGCCUGGUGGUCUAUUUUGUCUCUUCCCCUUGCCUGCUCCAGUUCAAUCACAGCCACGGUUUACGGUGCAACUAUCGCAGCAAUGGUGGGUCAAGCUACAGUUGUGACUGCGGUGAUUCAAAGUGGACUAAGCACUAGUGUUUUGACAUGCCACCUGUGUUGCUUCAGGAAAGAAAAGAAAAAAAAGACUCUCUCAAGACAUUGACUGUUAUUAAGAUACAUCAGGGUUCAAAAGAUUAGCUACUUCAGAACAAAAGACAGUUCUAUUUUUCAGCAAGGAGUAUUACUUUUAAUAUGUCUUAUGCCUUUUGGAAGUUUGGCAAAGUAUCAUUGAGGCUCCCUCACCCCAUGCUGCUACUGUGUUCAUCUUUGUCCGAG